CCUCGUUCUGUGUAGCAACCGCUGCUACGAAUGCCGAGGACAUGGGAAUGAGUGGAGGCAUGGAGCAGCCUACAGGCAGAGCAGGUAACCCGGGAGAGCGCACUUCCUCAUCAACCUCCUCACCGACAGCCUGUACCCAAACUGCUCACAGCGCUGCAACCUGGUACCCACACUACUACACUGCCAGCCUGUACCCACACUACUACACUGCCAGCCUGUACCCACACUACUACACUGCCCCCACUGCCAGCCUGUACCCACACUACUACACUGCCAUCCUGUACCCACACUACUACACUGCCCCCACUGCCAUCCUGUACCCACACUACUACACUGCCAGCCUGUACCCACACUACUAUACUGCCCCCACUGGCAGCCUGUACCCACACUACUACACUGCCCCCCACUGCCAGCCUGUACCCACACUACUACACUGCCAGCCUGUACCCACACUACUACACUGCCCCCACUGCCAGCCUGUACCCACACUACUACACUGCCAUCCUGUACCCACACUACUACACUGCCCCCACUGCCAUCCUGUACCCACACUACUACACUGCCCCCACAGCCUGUACCACAUCAAUAUACUGCCCCCACUGCUGUGCCUGUACCCACACCAAUACACUGCCUCCCUACUUCUGUGCCUGUACCCACACUACACUGCCCCCACUGCCAGUCUGUACCCACACUACUACACUGCCCCCCCACUACUACACUGCCCCACCACUGCCAGUCUGUACCCACACUACUACACUGCCCCCACUGCUAGUCUGUACCCACACUCUGUUGCCAGUCUGUACCUACACUACUAUACUGCCAGUCUGUACCAACACUACAUUACUGCCAGUCUGUACCCACACUACUAUACUGCCAGUCUGUAUGCACACUACUAUACAGCCCCCUCUGCCAGUCUGUAUCCACACUACUAUACUUCCCUCUACACUGCCAGUCUGUACCCACACUACUAUACUUCCCUCUACACUGCCAGUCUGUACCCACACUAUGUACUGCCCCCUAUACUGCCAGUCUGUACCUACACACCUCGUUCCCCCUAUACUUCCACUCUCUACCCACACAUCUUAAUGCCACUAUACUCCCAAUCUGUGCCCACACAGCUCACUGUUCCAUAUACUGCCACCAUAUACGCAUCCAUAAAUUUAUCUACUGUGCCCUACUCUAUUUGCCCAUUUGCAGUGGCAGCGUGUAUUGAAUCUGUUUUUUUUUUUGUGCCAUACCAUUCUCUUUCCUCAACCUAAUGCUCAUGUCACAGUUUGUAAACAAAAAAGAUAAAAAGGUGGGUGAAUAAACAAUAUGGACUACUGAUAAACCAAGUGCAGGCAAGCCUCUGUAAAUUGGAUACUCCAAAUCCAAUAAAAAACAGCAAAUAUAUACAAACUAACAGGGCGCCACAAUCACUAAAUAGGUAUAUAUAUAUAAAAGUGUGGCGAAACCAACCUCGCCACUGUGCACUGGAGAAGCCUGGUUGCCAGCCUCCUGCCAUCUGACUAUGGCCCCCUUUUAAAAGACUUUAUUUUUGCCUGCAGAAAAGCUGUAUUCGUGCUUUUCUGCCUGGGGUUCGGUAGAUGUGUUUGAAUGUGUUAUACCCCAGAUAGGAAUCCCAUGGAGCCCAUUUGUAUGAAACUGACUGUAAAGACUUUGGCUCCAUGGCGAUUAAACUGUAUUUGUGUGGUCUGAGCGCCAUUCACUUAAUAAUGUGCGCUCAGACCUGAGCUAUCUGGGGAUAUGUGAAAUGUCUGUGUGUUAUGUGUAAAAUGUGACUUUAUGUAUUUUAAAGUGUUUUGUGUCUUUUUGCAACCAUGUGCUUAAUGGAGUCUUGUGUCUGUCCUGGGAGAUAAUUGAAUUACUCUCCAGGAUAGAAGACUCUGAAACUGGUUUGGGCCAGAAAGCCAUGCUUCAUUUAGUCACAAAGGACUUUUUACUAAUCUUUUGAACCCCUUGUCUGAUGUGUGCCAUUUUUGAAUAUGUUGUUCCCCUGAAUGGAUUGAUUGUGAAUAUGUAAUUUUAUGUGAAUGUGAUGUAUGGUUUUGGAGUUAUGAAAGUUGGGUAGAAAGUAUGUUUUAACUGUAUGUAUAAUUGAGUUUCCUCUCAGGAUAAGGGGAGGGAAUAUGUGGGAUGUAACUGUGAUGUGAUUGGUUGUUUUGUAACGCCCUGUGGGCUGUACUAUGUUUUGUGGAUUGUAAUAAAAACCAGGCUGGGUGUGCCAGCAAGAGAGAUUCUGCUUAACCCUCAAAACGAAGUGUCGUCUCGUUAUUGGGGGAAUUGGAUUGUGUGCUGACUGCCAGGAGUGUAAGCCGUUUGUAUUGCUUUUCCUGUUCCGGCUGCUUCCAGGGUUCCUGUGUCUGCUGUUCGAGAGUUGGUGAAUACGUGCAGUUUGGAGUUCAGGAGGUUGGUGAUUGCAGUAGCUGCUGGUCUAUGGGAAAGGGGAUUAUCGCCUAAACCGAUUUUAUCCCCUUGUGAGAGAAACGGUCCGUUACAAUUGGUGGCAAGCGGCGGGAUCGUUCCUACAACCAGGAAGACAGCUACAGGGCAACACCAUUCCUUGGAUUACAAAGUGAGGGCAACGCCAGUACACGUACAGCGACCCUAUCGACAAAAGAACCAACUUCAGCAGCGCAAGCAUGGCACCUAGCUACACUCAGGAGCAGUAUGACAGAGAGUUUGCUAUGCGGCUGGCUUUCUUUGGACCCAACCCCCGGAGAAAUACGUGCAGUUCGUAAGGAGCCAGGUAGACGAGUACCUGGAGUUCAUGGCAGAUCCAGCCAAAGGUAUCAGCCGCCCUAUCCGGAGGCAGAGUGCGUUACGGGGACUCAUAGGUGUACCCCAGGGAGCUAAAGGUGCCGUCCUUCCUCCCCAGCGGCAGUGUGUACCCCAGGGAGCUGAAGGUGUCGUCCUUCCUCCCCAGCUGCAGUGGGUAUCCCAGGGAGCUGAAGGUGCCGUCCUUCCUCCCCAGCGCAGUGUGUAUCCCAGGGAGCUGAAGGUGCGUCCUUCCUCCCCAGCGGGUAGCAGUAAAUUCCCCAGGGAGCAGAAGGUGUCAGCCCUUCCUCCCCAUAGCUGCAGUGUGUACCCCAGGAGCUGAAGGUGUCAGCCCUUCCUCCCCAGCUGCAGUGUGUGGUGGUCCCAGGGAGCUGAAGGUGCCGCCCUUCCUCCCCAGCGGCAGUGUGUUCCCCAGGGAGCAAGGUAGAAGGUGGCCGCCCUUCCUCCCCAGCUGCAGUGUAGGCCUCCCAGGGAGCCGAAGUGCCGCCUCCCCAGCGUAGCAGGUACCUAGGAGCCAAAGGUGCCGCCCUUCCUCCCUAGCUGCAGUGACAUACCCCAGGAGCAGAAGGUGCAGUCCUUCCUCCCCAGCGGCAGUGUACCCCAGGGAGCUGAAGGUGCCGUCCUUCCUCCCCAGCUGCAGUGUGUGUCCCAGGGAGCUGAAGGUGUCGUCCUUCCUCCCCAGCGGCAGUGUGAGUCCCAGGGAGCCAAAGGUGUCGUCCUUCCUCCCCAGCGGCAGUGUGUACCCCAGGGAGCAGAAGGUGCCGUCCUUCCUCCCCAGCGGCAGUGUGUAUCCCAGGGAGCUGAAGGUGCCGUCCUUCCUCCCCAGCAGCAGUGUGUAUCCCAGGGAGCUGAAGGUGCCGUCCUUCCUCCCCAGCGGCAGUGUGUACCCCAGGGAGCAGAAGGUGCCGUCCUUCCUCCCCAGCGGCAGUGUGUGUCCCAGGGAGCUGAAGGUGCAGUCCUUCCUCCCCAGCGGCAGUGUGUGUCCCAGGAGCUGAAGGUACCGUCCUUCCUCCCCAGCGGCAGUGUGUAUCCCAGGGAGCCGAAGGUGCCGUCCUUCCUCCCCAGCGGCAGUGUGUCCUGCAGGAAGCGGAGACAGUCGGUCUCGCUCCCCAGCAGCAGGACAAUAUAUUAAAAGGGGAGACAGUUGGUCCCCCUCUCCAACAGCAGAGAGUGUUCCAGGGAGAGGAACCAGUUAUCACCUUUCUCCAGCAACAGGACGAAUUAUUGAAAGGGGAGACAGUCGGUCUCACCCUUCAACAGCAGAGAGUGUGUCCGGGAGAGGAGCUUGUUAUCCCCUCUCCCCAGCGGCUGAAAGUAUGUAUGGGAGAGGAGCUUGUUACACCCUCUCCCCAGCGGCAGCUUAGCCCACCAAGGGGAGACAGUAAUCUCCACAACAGUGCAGAUGGGACAGUAGUCGCUGCACAUGCACCACCGGGGGUAGGAACAGUCGGUCCUGUCCCCCAGCAGCAGGACUGUUUAGGCAAAGGGGAGACAGUCUGUCUCCCCCUCCAGCAACCAGGCUCCAACCAGACUACUCCCGUGGUAGUGCUGGCACCAGGACAGAGUACCGCUGGUCUCUGCCCACUCAGCAACCCACCCAGUACGCUGACCAGUCACCCACACAGCCAUGGUGAGGCACCUGGACACGGACAAAGUUCUCCUCUACCCAGGUGUAGUAGCCAGUUAUUGUGGGUGGGCUGUAUUACUGAUUGUGUUUUGUGGGUGGGCUGCUGGACUAACAAGGGCACUGACCGGCAGGAGGUCAGAUACCCUGUUAGUCUGAUUGGUAAAGGGGAGAAGUGUGGCGAAACCAACCUCGCCACUGUGCACUGGAGAAGCCUGGUUGCCAGCCUCCUGCCAUCUGACUAUGGCCCCCUUUUAAAAGACUUUAUUUUUGCCUGCAGAAAAGCUGUAUUCGUGCUUUUCUGCCUGGGGUUCGGUAGAUGUGUUUGAAUGUGUUAUACCCCAGAUAGGAAUCCCAUGGAGCCCAUUUGUAUGAAACUGACUGUAAAGACUUUGGCUCCAUGGCGAUUAAACUGUAUUCGUGUGGUCUGAGCGCCAUUCACUUAAUAAUGUGCGCUCAGACCUGAGCUAUCUGGGGAUAUGUGAAAUGUCUGUGUGUUAUGUGUAAAGGUGACUUUAUGUAUUUUAAAGUGUUUUGUGUCUUUUUGCAACCAUGUGCUUAAUGGAGUCUGUGUCUAUCCUGGGAGAUAAUUGAAUUACUUAUCUCCAGGAUAGAAGACUCUGAAACUGGUUUGGGCCAGAAAGCCAUGCUUCAUUUAGUCACAAAGGACUUUUUACUAACUUUUGAACCCCUUGUCUGAUUUGUGCCAUUUUUGAAUAUGUUGUUCCCCUGAAUGGAUUGAUUGUGAAUAUGUAAUUUUAUGUGAAUGUGAUGUAUGGUUUUGGAGUUAUGAAAGUUGGGUAGAAAGUAUGUUUUAACUGUAUGUAUAAUUGAGUUUCCUCUCAGGAUAAGGGGAGGGAAUAUGUGGGAUGUAACUGUGAUGUGAUUGGUUGUUUUGUAACGCCCUGUGGGCUGUACUAUGUUUUGUGGAUUGUAAUAAAAACCAGGCUGGGUGUGCCAGCACUGGAGAUUCUGCUUAACCCUCAAAAACGAAGUGUCGUCUCGUUAUUGGGGGAAUUGGAUUGUGUGCUGACUGCCAGGAGUGUAAGCCGUUUGUAUUGCUUUUCCUGUUCGGCUGCUUCCAGGGUUCCUGUGUCUGCUGUUCGAGAGUUGGUGAAUACGUGCAGUUUGGAGUUCAGGAGGUUGGUGAUUGCAGUAGCUGCUGGUCUAUGGGAAAGGGGAUUAUCGCCUAAACCGAUUUUAUCCCCUUGUGAGAGAAACGGUCCGUUACAAAAGGGAAGAACCAAAUGCUUAAAAAUGUCCAAUAACUGAAUAAAAUAGUGAUUUAUUAAUACAAAAUAAAUAAAAUCAUAGCACAACAAAGUGCUCAAACAUAUAAUAGACAGGAACCCAUAGGUAUAGCAGCUCACUAGUGUAUAAUGCUAGACAAGGCAAUAAAGUGCAAAUGCUAAAGUGCACAAAAUGGAAAAAGUGCAAAUAUUGGUGCUGGAAAAGCAUCCAAUUAAUAUCACAUGAGCAUAAUCAUAGCCCCAAACAGGUCCAGAGUGCAAAAAUAGACAGUCAGCACAUAUAAACAGUAUAGCCACUAAUACCACAAUGCAGGGUCCCAAGAUACUGGUUGCUCAACGCGUUUAGUCGCUAGACUUCCUCAGGAAGUUAGUUUGUAUAUAUUCACAGUUUGUAAUAAUUUGUCUCAACAUGCUGCAGGAUAAGCUGACUGAACAUAUGCCAGUAAUAAUGCUAAUAUCCCUGGCACUGCCAGUCUGGGCCCCACUCCAUUUGUAAUGCAUGUCACGUAUGUGCCAUCUUCCCCUUCUAAUGCAAUAUGGCCCUCACUCUCUCCUUUCUAUGCCAGUCUAUACUACACACAACGUGCAAUGCAACUCUGUCGCCCACUCUUUGCAGUGUGUUUGUGUCCACUUCUUCCCUCUACAAUUCCAAUUUUUUUCCCACUCCCCUACUAAGCUACUCUGUGUCACAGUCUCCCAAAACUACUAGUCUUAGACCCCUCCUCCCAGGACUCUACUCCUCUGAAACUUCCAGUCUCUCAACCCAUUCCCCUGCAGAUUUACCCCCUCCCACAGCAAUGCCAGUUUUACCACCACCCCAAUACUUUAUCUGACCCUUAUCCCUAAGCAUUACUUUUUUUUUCUCCCAGCCACAUGUUUUGUAGGGCUAUGGUGGUACACCUGCAUAGGUGUAAUGAGUACUGUGUUACAGUAAAGAUAAACCCUGUGUGACUGGCGGGAGCAGGAUCAGACAGAUGGGCUGUAUACUGUGACUCAGUGCUAUGCUGAGUAAUCACCCAGUCUUUGGGUAAGAGCAUAGCAGAAACAUUGCUUGUCUGACACUGCACUACAGUGCACAUUGCCCUUGUGGGGUCUGUUUACCUCCAUUUUAAUUAGAUUCAGCAAAGGGGGGGUAAUAAACCCUGGCUCAGUAGUAUGUUUUGCUGGCUUAUUACAGGACUGUCUUGCAAGCCGUAUUUCUUAUAUGGGGGAGGGAGUCUCAUGCAGGUAUAGCUAUCUAGACUAAUACAAUGUAGUGGGGAUACAAUGGGGGUUCAAGUGUUAUCAGGUUAGAUGGGACAUCCAACUCCCCAAAGCUAGUAUAUCACAUAUCUUUAAAUCUAUGCAUUUCAUAUGCAUGUGUAAUUGUAUGUGACUGUCCUUGCUUAUGUAAAGUAGAUGUGUUUGACUCCAUCUACAAAAGGCCAACACAUAUAAAGUAAAGACAGGUCAACUAUGUCUCCAAGUUUAUGCUUUUUCUCUUCACAAUGGAAAUUUCUGUGUGUUAAUCUUGGCUGGAAAAUGCCAAGCAGUGUGUGAAGUUAAAGUGGAUGUGUUUAUUGAUAAGGGAUACUGGGUUGAUGAGUGUUUAGCCGUGUACAAAGCUAGAUGGUCCCAUAGCAACUCUGUCUCUAAUCACUACUCUCUUAGCUAUUAAGGAUGCAGCAACAAAAACACACACUAUCAAGUUCAAUGUUUCAAUUGUAUUUGGUGCACUUUUUCAAGAGAAUUUUCUCUCUUCCACAUUCUUCUCAGACCCCCAAAACUUCCUUCUCACCACUUUUUUUCUUUGCUUUUGCUAAGGGGAGUGAUUUCACACAUGGCACUUGCUGAGCUUUAAGAUCCUCUCGAUCUCGCAACCUCCCCUAUUUCUGGCCAUCUGCCCGUUACUCAGCCUGCUUUUCUCUUUACACAUUGCCAGGUAGGGUUUACUCUAUAGGAUAACAGUGCUUCAGCUCAGAACAGAUUUGCUUGUAAAUGGAAUAGAGCAGGGGGUGGGGGUGGUGAGAGCCCAGCUUGUAAGACGGGGAAUGCCAAAUGUUUGCAGAAUAGAAGAAGCUGAAGCUCAUCAAGUUUUAAGGAUAGUAUAGAUAGAAUGGAAUUUAGAGAGACUUCUUCCUACCUUUAGUAUAUUCGUAUUUGACCGAAUCCAAUGGGUAAGGGCCCACACCCGCCACCUCCCAUUAUAUUAUCAUAGCCCCCACCAGCUGACCAUGGGUGGGGGUAGGGGAGCACAUUACGAUGUUCUCCCUUUGCUUUUUUUAAUUAGAGGCUCCAUAUUGUUGGUGUGUCUGAGUAUAUAACAGAGCUCCACAUCAAUAAUUCUCCUAGUAAUGUGUCUUUAAACUACAAUAAAUGUUUAGAAACCAGUAUGUGCAAAUAAGAUACAUUGUUAUUCCUAUAAAUUAUAUUUUCGUUGCGAAAAUUCUUAGUAAGUCACCAAAAAUUUCUUAGAAAAAUCACACCCAGAAAUUUAAAGUGUUGAUGGGUAUUGCAAUGCAAUCAUGAAUAUAGAUUUACAUUCUUAUCCUGGCCUAGAAUCACUACCACUAUCAUGCUCCAAUUUAGAUUUCUGCCCUUAUUUUCAAAUCUGUUCUAAUCAAUCACUCUUUGUUUUAAGACAUUACUGCUUUCCCCUUUCAAAUCAUACCCUCCCUUCUCACGUACAAGACUUCACCUGUUCCGGCAACUACCCGUGGCGCCCAUUAUGGCAUGAUCUAUAACUAUUUUAAUCCCUCAAUGUAUCUCAUCAUCAUCAUCAUCCCUCAAAAUGUAUCAUCUCUCUUCAAUGCUAUUCAUUCUGUUAAUACAAGCAGUCAUGCCCAAUGAUAUUCAUAAUGCAUCAAUUUGUUUCUGUCCGUUGUAGUGUUUUACAUUUUACUAUAGUUCUCCAGAACUGCAGAUUUUUUUGGCACUAGAUCAAUAAUUGAUAAGUACUCAAAAAGCCUGUAUGCAAUAUUUUUUUUAGAACCCUGGCUCCUAGUGGUUUUAAGCCCAAGCUUAAAUUAUUGUUACACGAUUACCCAAGGUUGCUUAAGGUAAUAUAUGGCACUUUGCAUCAUGAAUAAAACAUUACACUUUUGUUGUUUUAAAGCUGCACUGCGGUCUGGAGUUUAUACGUUGAAAUUAUAUGUUUUUCUUCUCUAGCUGGUUAGAGGUUCUCCACUACAUUCAAUGUCCUAGACUGGUGGCUCUUUACCAUUUUUUUUUUUUGUGAGAGACCCGAGUAAGAUGCAUGUCAUAAGCUUAGCAAUCCAUUAUUCUUUGAACAGUUGGCUCAGAGGUCCAUUUUUAAUGUGUAAUAUAUUUAAAGUAACACUCUAUUAGCACCAUAACCACUUUAGCUUAAUGAGUUGGUUUUGGUGUUUAGUGCAUGCCCCUGCAAUCCUCUUCCAUUUUAGCAAUUAAAUAGCUUUGUUUAUGCAGCCCUAGCCACACCUUACCUGGCUGAGACUCACACAGCCUCCCUACAUACUUCCUGUAAAAAAGUGUAAAUUUUUUAGUUUUCCUUGUAGGGAUCGUGUGUGUGAGUUAAAGUUCAAUUAACAGGGGCGGAGCCAGCGGACUCUCGAGUCAGACGCACAUAGUGAUAGCUCCGUACAGGCUUGCAGAUGUCUGCAGUUGCCGACCCUUAUCUCACAGGUCUCUCCUGCAGGGCUUCCUUCCCUGACGCUGGUUGGGAAGAAAGCCAAAAAACACUGUACUGAUCUGACCUCGAGAUAUCUGGACGUUGCUGCACCAGCCUGUUAGGCCGAAGCAGACUAAAAUGGCACCUGAGUAGGCCUCUGAUUCAGCAUCCUCGGAUGAGGACAGCUUGCUGGUGUGGCUAUUGACCUUUCCAAAGGUACCUUCGGUCACCCACGGGACCCCUGCAUCUGGGGAUACUGCCCAUUCCACUAAGGUAGACAUUAAGACUAUGCUUCAUGAGCUGAAAGCUAUGUUUAAAGCUGAUAUGGUGGGGGUGAGGGAAGAGUUGGCCAUGCUUACCAGCUGGAUUGUCACAACGGAGGAAGACCUAGGUGUCUUGAAGGUGACACAAACUGUGACACACAGUCCUUCACAUAUUGCAAAAGAGCAACGCUUACAUACUCCACCGCAUGGCUGCCUUUGAAGACAGGACUAAGGCAAGGAACAUGAGACUCAGGGGAGUCUCAGAAACUGUUACCACAGAUGAACUGCCUCACUUUAUUAGUAGGCUCCUUGCUUUAAUGUUAUCGCCGAAAAAAGAUUGGGCUGUCAUCCAGAGACAAGCCCCCUGGCGUGGAUGGUGCAGAUGCGACUGAGGUCUCUGCACCAGCCCUACAGGGAUGCUGGGCAACCUGCCCAGAUCCCCAACUGCGGAAUUCCAAUCGUGUUCCGGGUGCAGUGGAGGGAACUAUGGCCUCCCCUGACACCUUCCCAGCGGAAUAGCUGGCACCCAUGCAGAGAGCAGUUGGCCUCUGCCCGCCCCUUUUCCUUUAUCCAGAGCCUGAUGUUGCACAGGCCACCCCACCUGUAACGUUGGCUACAGGGCAGAGCGCAGUUGCAGAACCGCACUGUCUCCAGUCCUUCCCCAGCAGAAAAGCUGAUAUGGGGCAGAGCGCCGCUGGCCUAUGCCCUACCUAUCCUUUUGUUCUGGGGUCUGACGGCCCACCAACCAAGCCAGCUGACCCGCUGGCUACUGGGCAGAGUGCUGCUGUCCUCUACCCACUUGGCACGGAUGAAGGGAACUUGGCACGGAUCAGCGACUCCUUGGUCCAACCAGGGGGAAGUGCAUCCAGGUUGUUUCCCCACAGGACACUAGAUAUACAAAUGGGCACUUGUGGCAGGCCUUCUGGACAACUAUGCCUUUUGGGAAAAGCCACCAGACUAUCACAGACCCAGACCGAUUGGAGGUCUGGGAUCUGGGUAGUCUCCCCAGGAGAGGGAAGAUAUGACAAACUCCCCUGUCCUCGUGAGUUUGCCACGAGCUCCUGGAGGAGCCUGCUUGCCAGCCUCCUGCCCACAGACUAUGGGCCCUGUAAUAUACAAUGAAAAGUCUCAGUUCGUGUAUUUAGACUAUAUGGUUGGGGAAGUGAACAGCCGCAUGAACCAGAGACCACCCUGCAGCUUGUUAAGCCUAAUUGCUACUUUGUAGCAAUUUCCACCGCAGUGUUCUAAGUAAGUAAGUGGGGGGUGGAAUGUAUCAGUGCUUGUGAUAUGGCUGCUAGAACUUUCUUGGAACCAGAGUCUCUUCUUUUCUGGCAGAACAGUAGGUAUAGAAGCUAGUGUCAGGCAGCAGCGUCUGUAGUAGUCUUCUCAAACCACGUAAAAUAUAACAGAGAGGAGAAGACACAGAUAUAGCGUAGUAUAUUAAAUUGCUUGAUAGUGAUAAAUGAAGAAAAAAUUGCACUUACAAUUUUCUGGAGCUUAUAUUCCGCUCCAGAUAUAUGUGCCUGGAUGGUAUAAUCCCCGUCUAAGGAUAUGAUGAUGGUCCUGGUGUACUCUCAGAGGCUUCUUCAGGGUCAGGGUUUUCUGGUGUCAGUGCCAAAAACCGGUAUCCUCAGUGGAUAGGAGGAGAAAUAAAAACACAAUAUAGUGCUCCAUGUAUAGGAUAAAAAAGUGGAGGUAAACUCACAAGCAGGGACAGGGCCGCCAUCAGAAAUUGUGGGGCCCCUAACAUAGCUCAAGGUCUGGGCCCCCGGGUGCCCGCCUCCAAGCCCUGCCUCCAAUCCCGCCCACAGGAAUACACACACAGAGACACAAAAGGACACAGACACACAGGAAGAUACACACAUACUAACAGACAUAUACUUAAACAGACAUACACACAUAUAGACACAUACACAGAUACACACACACACAUACUGACAUACAGACACACACACUGACCUACAUACAUACUCACAUACUGACACAUACAUACAGACAGACAUACAUACAUACAUACAUAUUGACAAACUGACAUACAUACACAUAAAUACAUACUGAGAUACAUACAUAAUGUCAUACAUACGCAUACAUACUGAUAUACAUACAUACACAUACAGACAUACUGACAUACACACACACACACAGACCUACAUGCAUACUGACAUACAUACUGAUAGAUAUAUACAUACACACAUACAUACUGACAUAUACACACAUAGAUAUACAUACAGACAUAUAUACAUACUGACAUACACACAUACAAAUAGACACAUAAACACAUACACACACAGACAUACAUACUGACAUACACACACAUACACAGACAUACAUACUGACAAACAGACAUAUAUACAUACUGAAAUACACACACACAUACAGAUAGACACAUACAUACAAACAUACACACAGGCAUAUAUACAUACUGACAUACACACACAAAUACAGAUAAACACAUACAUGCAUACUGACAUACAUACACACAUACAUGCAUACACACAUACUUACUGACACACAUACAUACACACAGACAUACACACAGUACAUGCAUACUGAUAUGCAGACAUACAGAUAGACGCAUACACAGACAUACAUGCAUACUGACAUACACACAGACAUACACACAGACAUACACACAGACAUACACACAGACAUACACACAGACAUACACACAGACAUACACACAGACAUACACACAGACAUACACACAGACAUACAUGCAUACUGACAUACACACACACAUACAUGCAUACUGACAUACAUACAUACUGACACACACAGACAUAUAUGCAUACUGACGUAUAUACAGACAUAUAUACAUACUGACACACACACACACACACACACACACAGACAUAUAUACAUACUGACAUACAUACUGACACACAGACAGACAUAUAUACAUACAUACUGACAUACACACAGACAUAGAUACAGACAUACAUACUGACAAACAGACAUACAUACUGACAUAUACACACAUACAGAUAGACACAUUUAUCUGCCACCCUCCUUUUACCUUUAAGUUGCAGGAGGGUGGCUGGGGAUGAUGGGAGUGGAUGCCUCUGGUGUCCUCCACUCUCCCUCUUCUCCGCUCUCCGCCCCCGCGUGGAGUAAGCUGGGAGGAAGUGACCGGCUGUCACUUCCUCCCAGCAGCACUUGCGGUGUAGCCGCAAUUUUUUUUUUUUUUAAAGCGGCCCGGUCGCGCUAUUACCCGGCCUCUGAAGAUAUAGGGACCAUCAGGUGGCCCUAAAUGCUCGGGCCACCUGAUGGGCCCCGGUGCAGAUGCACCUGCGGCAGUUUCGCAGUUCCAUGUGGGGCCCGGACGGCCGGGCCCUUUCAGCCAGGCCCGUGACAACCAUCAUGGUUGUCACCCCCUGAUGGUGGCCCCGAGCAGGGAGCAAAAGGAAUAUUGCUCAGUAUAGGAAGCGUAUGUGGAAUAAUCCCCACCAAGGAUAUCACUGGCGAGCCCUCAGAUUCUUAAUGAUGAAAUUGUUAAAAAAAAAAAGGAAAGGCUGGGAGGCUCCGAAAUAGCUCAAGUUCGCUAUCUUUAUUGGAGAUUAAUAAAAUAAAACAAUAAAACAAAAAGACUGUAUAAAAUACGAACACAUUUCACUUGCUAGCAAGGCUUUUUCACACACUUUGAAAAAGCCUUGCUAACAGGUGAAACGCGUUGUGUCGUCUGGUUACUGGGAGGGGAAAGGGCUAAUCACUGAUCACUGUUCCAGUGUGGAGGAUUCAACGGGGAAAGUCCUUGUAAGGACUAGAGCUCACAGGACUGAGUGUCGUCCAGUGCCUGGGGGUGGAUAGAGCAAGUUCCCCAUUCGGCUCCAGGAGGGAGUGGUUCCAGGACCCCAGUCAAGUGACUGUGCAGAAGUGCUGUGGCUUGUUCCCUGUUCCAGCUAGGAAGCGGUCCAUUGGCACAGGUACCCAGCCGGGGUACAGGGAGCUCCGUUACAGGAUUGUCAUGGGUGCGACCAGGAACACCCAGUCUACGACCAGAUAUGUCCCACCACACCAUCCUUUGGAGGAAGUCCCUCCGGCUGCUCACAUGGCAUCUACGCAACCACUAGGUUCCCUAUAAAUGGGGCAUGCACUGGCUCCUAGUAGAAAGGGAUGGCAGAACCCACUUCCUCAUGCAUCUAUCCUAGGUGUCCUUCAUGAUUCGGGAACUGGGAUUAGCAGCCAUUUUGAUUCUGUUACUACUGUUUUGAUUAUUUUCAGUUUUACAAGUUAAUUAGUACUUUACCCUGGCUCUGUAAAUGUUCUUUCAGUCUUAGAUGACUUGUUUCCUUCCACCUUAGCCCAAUACAUCACUAACAAUCUCGCAAGCUCAGACAGUGUAUUAGACUGGUAUUUAGCUCCUACUAGGCUGAGUAAGUAACAGUCAGGAGAAAUGUAGCUAGGGAUAAAUAAAUAGAAACAAAAGUGAUUUAAAUCCUAAAUUGAACAGUGCGACUGCAGAGGCAUUAUCUACACACUAAAUCUGCUUCAUUAAGUUACACUUGUGAAGCAUAGAGACCCUACCUUAAUCAGAUUCUUCCAGUGCCCUAUGGGUCUCCAUUGCACUUUGAUGGCAGUGAUACUACAGUUUAUUGCAAACACUUCCCAACAGUCGCAAGAUGAGUGUGUUCACAGGUCUCUGUAAAUAACAAUCUUUCAUAAAAUGUCAGUCUCCUGGUAUGUCACUCUCCUUAAAGGACCACUAUAGGCACCCAGACCACUUCAGCUCAAUGAAGUGGUCUGGGUGCCAGGUCCCCCUAGUUUUAACCCUGCAGCUGAAAACAUAGCAGUUUCAGAGAAACUGCUAUGUUUACAUUGCAGGGUUAAUACAGCCUCUAGUGGCUGUCUCCCUGAUAGCCACUAGGGGCCGCUUCCGCGAUUUACACUUACGGAGUCCAGUGUCAAAAAAGAUCCCCAUAGGAAAGCAUUGAGUAAUGCUUUCCUAUGGGCGGGUUUGAAUGCGCGCGCCUGUGGCCGCGCAUGCGCAUUCGGCUCCACUCGGAAGACUGCCGAGGACACACACAAACUGCUUAAAACACACACAGAGAUGUUAAUUAGUUCGGACAACUGUAUGAGUUGUUUUUUCUAAACUUAAACCUCAGUAUUCAGGUUUAAUUGCCGUUUUUGCACUUUGAGGAAAAAAAAUUUGGCAUGUAUUGCGGUUUGGGCACUCGGGCUCAAAAAGGUUCGCCAUCACUGCCCUAUAACACUGGGUAUUUUUAAACUCAGGACAAAAUUUUUAAUCUAUUUAGCAGUUUUUUUCAUUCGCUUUUGUAGAUGUGUAAAAGAUUUUUCACGUAAAAGUAAAAAAACAUGUAUUUUUUUUGCCAUUUUUCAUCUUUUUUUUUUUUUUAUUAAAUUACAUGAGAUGAUAUAAAUAAUGGUGUGUAAAGAAAGCCCAUUUUGUCCUGAAAAAAGCAAUAUAUAAUUUGUAUGGGAACAGUAAAUGAGAGAGCGGAAAAUUACAGCUAAACACAAACACCACAAAAGUGUAAAAAGAUGCCUGGUCGCAAAUGUACAACGUCGCAAAAACAGUCCGGUCCUUAAGGGGUUAAUUAACCAUUUAUUCACUGCGGAAAGGUGCCCUAGUCACCUAAAUGGUGACUAGGGUUCUAUAGCGUUAGGAAUACAUAUUUGUAUUCCUAGCGCUAUAGUGUUCCUUGAACAAAUCUUCUAUUAGACCGUGCUGGCAUCAUUUGGAAAUAUAUUGUGUUCAUAACAGAUUAAGGGAGAAUAUUUCCAGUGAGUCUGAGGAAUUACUUAUCAUACAAACCCAAAAGAAGUAUGAUUGUGCUAAACAGGAGAUAAGUUCAAUUGAACCUCGCUUGUUUAAUAAGGUAUGUUUUGCAUUGAGUAGCUCAUGUGUUGUUUGUUUAUACUCUGUUUGUUUUUUUUGUUUUGUGUUAGUUAGCAGAGCCCAGUCCGUUCCUAGAUAUGGAAUCUCAAGCCCUCUUAAAGGACAUUUAAGUACGAAAAGCAAUGGUAAGUAAAUGCAGAACCCAUUCUUUAUUAUUUUUAAUGAACCGUACAAUAAGGGACACAACAUGACUUGACUGUUAUAGACUAGUACAUUAUGUACACAAUUCACAUGUAUAACCAAUUCGUCUUUGUUCUAGGGCAGGGAUAGGCAACCUUCGGCACUCCAGAUGUUUUGGACUACAUCUCCCAUAAUGCUUUUAGACCCAUAAUGCUGGCAAAGAAUUAUGGGAGGUGUAGUCAAAAACAUCUGGAGUUCUGAAGGCUGCCUAUGCAUUAUAGUGAUUUGGAAGCAGUGUUUUUAAGCAGAAACAGACAUUUUAUAAAGCAAUCUAUCCAUUACAGCAGUGUUCUUCAAACUCCUGGCCUCCAGAUGUUUCUGAACUACAAUUCCCAUGAUUCUUUGAAUGACAUGAAUAGCCAGAUAGUCAUGGGAAUUGUAGUUCAGCAACAUCUGGAGGGACAGAGUUUGGAGAAUCCUGGAUUUGAGCAUACAGAAAUAUAGCGGAGUAGCACUGGCACAUUUCAUUAUACUGUAUGUGAAACAUUACUUUAGUAAAGUCUAAUUACUCUGGUUUCCACAUUCUUGUUUUAAAGUUAAAGAGGGCCACCAUGUUGGCUAAACACUGGAAAACCUUUAAAGUAAAGACACUAUCUUUUCUGUCUAAGUAGCAAUUGACUUAUUGCAAAGUGUUACCCUCUGUUUUAGUAGAUCAAACAAUCCCUGAUGCCAUUAAACAAAAUAGCCGUGUUUCUUGAAUGCUGUUUAGCUACAGUGCGCUCAUGGCUUCUUCCAGCAUGAUAGAAACGGGAUUUAGUCUUAAGUUAUAAUAUAGCAAGCUUUCCAGCUUUUGUGUUUUUUUUUGUUUGUUUUGUUUUAAUUUCAACUGGUUAGUACUUCUACACUUUAUGACAUAAAAUGUAUCACAGUAUGUCAUUUCCUGUUUUUAGCAUUUUGCAUUGGACCAAAUAGCAGACUGAGUGAUCAGUAUCAAAUCCGGGAUCAAAUGCUUGUUCACUACAAUAAAAUCCUCAAGGCAAAAGGUAAAAUGGUGUGUGCUUAUUGGUUUAAUACACAAUAACAUGUAGGAGUUUAGAAACUGAUUGCGUUUUAGACCUUGACCGAGGAUUUGAUUUUUCUCUUCUCAGGAGAGAAUUUAAAAUGCUGUAUGUGAUGCCUUUUGCAGGUAGAUAGAUUUGUAUAUAGCAAGCACAGGUUUAGUUGAUAUUCCCUGCAGUUCUCGGGCUCAGGAUCUUACAUGUAUUUCACCAGUAUAUUGCUUUCAUUAUUGAUCUGGAACAAGUUGUAUUCAUUUAUGUUAAAGACUAGUCCCAUCUGGAUAGACUUAAAAUCAAGGUACAAAAAUAUUUUUAAAAAAACAAACAUUCUCCACUAUAUAUGAAAAGAAAUCAAAAUGCAACAUAAAAAAUAAUUCAUAUUUCUCAUGUAUUAAGUAAAAUUGAUCUCAUAUUGACUUUACGCAAUAGCCAAAGAUGUAACAAGGUUUAAUCUAUGCUGUACUAGUAAAGUGAACCAUCUGCAUAUCAUAUCUACUUGAGCAUGCCUGUCUCCUCACUCACAGACCAGACAUUGUGCACAUGGGCAUUAAUUCAGAGGCUUCUCAAUAAGAAGCCUCUGAUUUGUUAUUUCUCUGUGAAGAGACUUAAAGUCUCUUCUGGGGGAAAAAAGGGGAGGACUAGUUAAAAACACAGUUCAUAAGAUCUGCAGCAUUUGCAAGUUCUUUUAAGAUAUCAAGGUAUAUCUACUAAACAGUGAUUUAUUUUUUUAUUUGCCCGUUUGGGCAGUGGAGUGUUCCUUUAAUACAUGGCAAACACACUUAAAGGGCUCUGAAACCACAAAAGGGCCCAGUGCAGCCCAGAGCUCUCUUUAAAUAGGGAGGUUCUGUACAAGAUUGGCUCUGCUUCUUGCAAGCAUUCAGCACAAAAAGGUAGUACCUGUGUUAACCACAGGUGCCCCACAAAUAGACAAUCAAGGCAAUUCAGGCAGGUAAGUAGCAACCAGGCAACUCUAAUUUUUCCACAGUAAGCAGAAUGUGGGAGACGGGUUCAAGUCCCCUCAGAAAAACAGAGAGUAGAGUCAGCGCUAAUAUAUCAGAAAGAGAUACAAAAGGCAGCAAUCCCAAACAAGGACUCCCUCAAGUGUCCUUGAGAUAAAUACGGAAAGCAAACAAACAGAAGGAUGGGACUGCGCCAGUAAACAAAUUAAGUAAAAUAAAAAAGUCCUGAUUGAGGUAGAAAUAUUAAGAGUCCAGUAUAAUGAAACUUUGGACUUAUGUUGGUCUCUGAAGUUGUAGAAUUUUGCUCCUUACUGGUAUAUGGAGGAGGGCGAUGGAUGAUGGAAAUGAUGGUGGUAAAGAGUGAUCCAAAAGGUAUCCAAAUAAAAGAGAUAAUAAUCACGUUUUGUAGAGCUUAACCCAGCUCUGGUAUGAAUAGCUUGCAGCGGUAUUAUCUCCGCUUGUAGGAUAUGCGGUGAGUCUCCUCAUCGGUGUAGUGACAGACAACCAGGGGGAAGAUAAAACGAAAAACAGUGAUGGUGCAGUAUGUUCCAAAAGUGGAUAAAAAGUAUUAAAAUAUAGUAGAUACACUCACAUUUAAUAGAGCUUAUACUAGCUCUAGUGUAGUAGGGAUAUAUGGUGAGCGUUCUUUGAAAUAAUUCUUUAAGAUGGUAACAGGAGCUCAGGGAGAAGGUAAUAAAACAGCAAUAGUAAAAGUCCCUCUCAAGUCCCCCCAGAGCCAGUCGGAGAGUGAUGACUCCCCGAACUUUCUAACUUCUAACUAAAGCAGACUGUCAUCUACGUGUAUAUAUGGCAAAGUCCACUUAAUGUGAGUUUUAGAUGGUAAUCUGUACGUAGUAAUUUGUCCUCUUUCUUUUCCUCUCAAUAUUUCAGCUGCCAUAGAUUGCUCACCCCCAAAGAGUAUAUCGAGAAGCAUUAAAUGUAAGUAUAAUUAUUUUUUUUUACCAGUUUACUAUUUUUUACACUGCACUCUUCCUGCCUGGGAAUAAUGAGGUUUAUACUCCUGGGCAAUCACUGCGGUUUGCGUUUGCCACCAUUAAUUUAGUCUGCUUUCAUUUACUGAAAUGCUACAUCAUUAUUUGGAGAAUGACUGUAUCAACUGCCAGUCUUGGGCAAACAAACGUAGACAAAUAUAUGAAUAUGUAGGUUUUAAAUGUUUUGUCAGAGCUGCUCCUUUGACCACAUUGUUCUGUCCAUGUUAGAAAUCUACAACAAAUUGAUAAAAGUGAUGAAACUUGCUGUAUACUCAUACAUAUGAAACAAAUUUGGUUACCUUUUUUUUGUUAUGAAUAAUAUUUUGCUUGAUAAGUCACUGUUUAUUGUGAGAAAACCAGCGGUAAAACGACUUUCAGUCAUGUGUUAAUAAUUUUUAAAUCCGAAGGCCAUUGAAAAUCAGUCAUUUAAAAAUGCAAUAUUGUGUGGGAAAACCGUAAUUUAUCAAUAAGCAAAAUGUCCAUAAUGGAUCUCUCUCCAGGUGUACUUGACUCUUUUGUAUAAAAUAUUUGCCAAAGGGUAAAAAUUAUCAUCGAGGGAAGACGGAGGAAAAUAAGGAGGGGGAGAAAUGCUUGCCACCCAAUUUCAGCCUGCUCUAUAGGCUAGGCAUAUCCACAAGUGAUUUGGGAAGACUUGGAGUAUCACAAGAAUCAGUCCAUAGGGACCUUAAAGGACCACUAUAGGCACCCAGACCACUUCAGCUUAAUGAAGUGGUCUGGGUGCCUGGUCCAUCUAGGAUUAACCCUUCCUGCUGUAAACACAGCAGUUUCAGAGAAACUGCUAUGUUUACCUAUGGGUUAAUCCAGCCUCUAGUGGCUUCUCACUGUGAAGAGGGAGGAGAGUCCCAGUGCCGAGGGAGCCCAGUGCUGUAAAAAAGGUAAUGGAUUAACCCCUUCCCCCUUCAGAACCACGGGAGUGGGACCCUGAGGGUGGGGGCACCCUCAGGGCACUAUAGUUCCAGAAAAACGAGUUUGUUUUCCUGGCACUAUAGUGGUCCUUUAAGUUGACAAGCACAUAUUGUAAAGCACACUGUAUAUAUGUUUGGGCUAUCCGUAACACUUAAGAUAUAUUUUAAUAUACUUCUUGCCAAAAUGCGUGUGCACUGUAUAUAUCGCAAGUUUAACAAGGCACUUUCCAGAGGAGGUGGAGGUGGAGGGGGGGGGAGGCUGGAGACCCCCCUCCCAGCUUUAACUGUAUAUUGAGCCCUCCAUCGACGGCCCCACAAUGUCCGUUAAGUUCUUAUUUCUUGAAACAUUAACACCCAUAACUUCUGACAAAACCAACCUUUUGACAGGGGCGGCAUUUUGACUAGUCUGCAGCAAACGUUUGCUUGUCUGUGGACUCCAAAGGCAGCUCUUUAAUUAGUCUAAAGACUUGCACUGACUGGGGCUUCGUGGCCACGUAACUCGCCUUAGGGCAGACUAAUCCAUCGUGUCCUCGGUCCGUGACAAGCCACUGGGCCAAACACCAGGAGUGGGACCGGGCACUUGCCCUGUAUGCCGCCGGGUGCAGCGCCUAUCCUCUACUCGGUCUGCAUUGAUGGAGAGAACCCAGCACCUCCAGUCAGCAACUCUGCCAGGUGCAGAGCUGCAAACCAUGUGGUGAGGUCUCAUGAGCUCAGCCAGACAUAGUUGCGAGGGAUUACCGUGGCAGCGCUCUAAUACUUCAAAUGCUGGAACUCACAACACUUCUACCACAGUCUGUCUGUGCCCUGCGGUAUUGCAGACCAGAUAGCAAGGCCACUGGACUAUGAGGCAGGGAGACCACCCGGACCACCAUAGAGGGAGAACCCCCCACACACACACACAUUGUCACAAACCCCAGUUUAGAUAAAUGUAUCAUGUCUAUUUGUUAAUCAUUACUGUAUACAUUUACUGUAACACAUCGACCCCGGUCGAACAAAUAAACAAAUAGAAACACAUGUCCAGUUAACAAUUUGUAUACAAACCAUAAAAUCUGUUUAAAUAGUUAUAGUUCAUUUGUUUCAGAUAGCCCAGUUGUCUUUUCGUCAUAGCUAUUAUUGCAAAAUAGAUCUGGUUUUCUAUGGCAUAUAUGACAUGUUUGUGCUGUGGAGCAGUACAGGAAAAAUGUUAGUAUCGUAUAAUCAAGCUCACUUCUUCAGCAAUUGAAAUUAUUCUACACAAAACAGGUCUCCAUCUGCCAAUCAGAUGCGUAUCAUGAAGGAGCGUUGAAUCUAAUGCUUCUCUGUGAGAAGCAUUAACAGCAUUGGGCAUUGUCCUGCUCUGGCACAGAACUUAACAACCUUCCCACUAGAAGUGUGUACUCUGACUAUACAGAUUCAUCAGAGUCAUACAGCAAAGAAUGGCUUCCAUAUACAAAGCUAUACUUAGGUUUCUCAGAUCAGUCCAAUCUACUUAAAAACUAAAACUGCAUAUAAUGAAGAAAGGGGCUGCACUCAUGGUUCUCACACCGUGUCUAAAAAGAGUAGAUGUCCCUGACCACUUGGUUGGCAAAUACCCAAAUCGCUUGUAUAUUUGACAUAGACGGUUCAGGAACUCAAAGGUUCUUAUAAAGUGCAGACUUUAAUAGGAAUAUCAAGCAGAGAGUAGCAACGUUUCCGCCAACAAUAGCAUUUGUCAUGACUUGACAAAGGUCAUUGUUGGCCAAAACUUCACUUUCUGCCUGCUGUUCUUAUUAAAUUGUACAAUUUAUAAGAACCUUUGAGUGCCUGGACUUUCUGUUUUUAAAUAUACUUAAUAGCAGAAAGACUUGACUGCAACUUUUCUCAGUAAUUCUGUAGAACCACAUUUGAAUUUUUAACCAAAAGGCACUACUUUUUAAAAAGGAACUUUUGGGAGGCAGAGCCUGACUCUCAAGCAGAGUGGACAUGUGCUUAGCAAGCUGCUAAGCUGGCACAACUUUUAAUCAAAUUAAUACAGUCAGUCUGCAGAUCUAACCACAAAACCGCCCUUAUCAUUAAGGGGGCACCUUGGUGAAUCGAAGAAACCAGAAUCGGUGCCUUCCUCAUCCAGAUUGCCAAAUUCAGAUCUUUGCGGCCUUUAAGCGAAGCAGGCGCGUGGGAAAAAUGAACGCUCUCCAGAUUCCGUAUCUGGCUGAUCGAAUCUAAAUUCUCUACCUCUCCUUUCCUUUGAACUGGCCCCAGGAGCCCAUCCAAUGCUACAAAUUACCCUUCCGUCAUGUCCACACGGCUUCCAAAAUUGAGGUGAUCACAGCCAGAGACUUAGCCAUGGUAUUCAUUGCAGCGUCACUGGUAAAACUGGAUCUUUGCAGGAUUCCUGACAUGUAAGGCAGCUGAGAAUACAGCUACUCAUACCAAGUCACAGCGAGGCAAAGAAGCAACGUACCUGUAUGUUCUUGAGCAUCUUGUAUCUGAAGCCUGUGAUUUGCCCUACCUGUCAGUUGGAAUCUCUUUCCCAAUGGCGGAUGCUGGCAGAGUCUGGAUCUGGCCUUGCUUCAGGAAUUGAAGUGCUUGGGGCAAAGACUGUGGCAGUUUGGAGUCCGACUUUGGCCCAGAGUCCCAGGAGUUCUUUGUACAAAGCCCGUCAAGAUGGCAGCUGCUGCCUUUGAGAGAUCCUGUGGAAACCCUAUGCAGGGUUGAAGCUGGCAUUCUCAAACUACAGGCGUCCAUUUAUAUGGGACUAUUUACAGAGUCAUCCAACCGAUUGGUAAUCGGAAGAGAGCACAAGGUGUCCUGGCUGAUAUCAGGUGCAAUGUGGCAUCUCCUUUAGCCUUUAUUUGGCUAAUUUUCUCUUGGACUCCUGUAUUUUUUUUUUUUUCUAGCACUUACCAGUUAAUCCAGCUUGUAUUUUAUUUUUCCUGUUAAUUGACACACACUCCUCUAAGAUGCUUUAGUUGCCUUAUUUUAUUUAAAAAAAAAAAAGAGUGGUUUCUUAGUUAAUUAUAUAUUAGUUAAAACAUGAGCAGCAUUCUGUUUAAAUUUAUCUCUACAGGUAACUUAUCUCACUGUGAGAGCUUACUCUUAUUCUGCGUAUAUUGAGGUUAUAAUAUCUUAUUGCUCUCUUUAGAAAUCUUAUUCUUAUGAGUUCAUUUGAUGUCCUACUGUGUCCUAUUAUUCUAUUGGCAGAUAUCUGUGGUGCAAUUUAUGCAUGUAUACUGCCAUUUCUGUUUGUGAAACUGUAUGACAAAAAUAAAAAAAUGGAACUUCUCUGGAAAUUAAACCACCCUAUCAUUACUCUGAGAAAUAACAGUAGGUGUCUUAAAAAGCAUCUCUAACUUCUCUAGUUACAGCCAUUACAUUUGAAUUAUUCUAGUGGUUCACAGCCCUUAACUUGUUGUACUUGGUCUUAGGGACUCUUUCAUUCUUUCAUGAAAUGUGUCGGUAAGGGGGGGUUCAUCCAAAGUAGAAUAUGGAGUUCAGUGACCCUGUAGGGCCCAGGAGGAGCUGACGGUCCGUCUGGUCAAGAUGGCAGCAAAGGGGUAGUACCAACUUAUGCAAAUUCAUAUGAGUACAAUCGGAAUGCAGAAAAACCUAGGUGAUUGUUGAUACAGUCAUGGAGGCAGGUCUCCUUUAUUGAUUUUGAGUGACAAGUAUCUGACUCCAGGGUCUGUGAGAGAGAAUGCAUUAUACAGCUGAUUUCUUGACCUGUCAAGCAAGAGGAUCGGCCUUUACCUGAACUUUCAGGCAAUGAUGGAAAGUCCAUGUAAAAGCAAAAAGCCUAGCUGCACGAUUAUAAGGAUGCUUUAUCGAAAACAUUGAUACCCACACUAUAUGGACUUUUACUGUGGGUGCCUUUACCAAUAUUGCAUUUUUAAAUUUCUAUGGAUCACCGUGGUUAGAGGCUGGAGGAAGUGCACUCCUACACAAUAUUAAGGCCAACUCUGACACAAAUUGUGUAUAAUGAGAAAUAGGACUUACAGUGUCCCUGAAGCAGCAGAAACAACGCUGGAGGCGUGUCCCGCUGGUUUCCAGCUUAUAGGCUUGGUGUCUGUAGUCGGCAGCAUAGCAUGAUAUACAAAACUGGCUUCACAAAAUUCCACAUUCCAAUAUUUUGUUUAAUUCCUUAAAACACAUUCUUAAAGUUACAGUUGACAUAAAAGCAAAACUUAAUUGGCCUCCACGCACGCGUUUCGUAUACGCGUCUCACACUUAUCCUUGGUCACAAAAUGAGUGAAGUGGAGGGUUCUUUAUUUUAGCUUUUACGACGACUGAAACGUUUCAUAAGUGUUUUAAGGAAUGAAAUUAAGUAUUGGAACGUUGAAUUGCUGAACUGAAUUUUAUUACAAGCUUCCGUGGAGCCAGUAGAUUUUGCAACUUUACCACAACCACUUUACGCACCACUACAUGCGUCAUUUUAUUGAAAACAGGGUUCAGCAAAUGGACAGGGGUUUUCUUUGAAAACAAAUGCUCUUUAGACAGUACAUCAUGAGCCAUCCUAACCACAAAAUGCUUUAUAAAUCUCUCUGCUUUCAAUUAGUCAAAUAGUUAUAUAGAACAUUCAUAGGAUUUGGCUUAAUUACUUUGGUGUAUCUUAAUAUUAAUUUGAUUAUAAUUUGUUUAGCUAUGUUGUACCCUUAAAUCUUCUAUGUAGAACGCAUGGUUGAGUCGUCCCCUGGGGCUCUGAGGAUGUAUAUAAAAUCACAGCAGCCUGAGUGCAUGAUCAUGAUAAAACACAAUGUGUUCCCUUUUGACCAUAUGCUCACUGUGAGCUUUCACUGUUGAUACCAAAUGAAUAAUAGUUUUACCCAGUUGUAGGCGGGGAGCUGAAGAUUUGCCAAUAAUACACAGUAGGCAUCAAUAUUGAUAUUGCUGGGACAUUAAAUGAAUGUCCAUUAUGUUUAAUUUCCCAUCAUAUAUAAAAUGUCUCUGACAGACAUGCACUUAGAUUAUAUUUUGGGUAGCAAAAGAGCUUUUUGAUGAAUAAUUAUGCUGAUUUUUGAAAUGUCACGUAUUUAAAAAAAAAAGAAAAGGAGGAUGCGAUCAAUAAAACAGAUCUACAGGGUGAAUGCAGGGUUUAACAUGUCUUGUAUGGCUGAAAAUUAGUCCUCCGAAGGGAGAUGAUCUUUGUAACCUUUUGUUCUUCUGAGCAAAGCAGGUGCAUUAGUUACAUCAAUCAGUAAAGGAUGCUAAUGUAUUGUGUAAUAUGGAAAUCAAUUCUAGACUCACAGAAAUGUUAACAAAUAUCAUGUCCAAGUCCAGAUCCUAUGCAUGCAUUCCGCAUCGCUGUGCAUUAUUCUGCCUUUUCCAUAACAGAAGAAUUCAAAACGAGGUUGGCAUAUUAGUGAAUCGCCCAACAAUCAUUUGUUAUUCCCGCUAUGCCGUUCCUGUAUUCAUCCCCAUCUCUGUAUCUCUUCUACAUUCUCUCUCGUUAGCCCCAGUGUUGUCAUCUCUUGAAUCAAAACCCUUAAUGUACAAGCUGGGAACAUUUAGAUAUUUUUACUAUUUUGUUGCAAGAUGCUUAGGUUAUUUGGAAAAUUACCCAGGUAUUUAUUGUCACUGAGAGCAUUUCUCUUGGCAAGCUCCAAAUCUCAUGACGCUUAUUCUUGUUCAUUUGAUCUCCGCAAGGGACCGUGCCACUUUAAGUCAUGUAGCGAACAAGGCUUUAGUCCUCUCCUCUCUUAAUGCCCUGGGAAAUCUGGUGUUUGGAUAAUGUGUUCUACAAUGCUUUCCAUUACCUAAUGUUACACGUUAACAACACAUCAGUCCCUACUGCAACAUUGAAAAAUGACAGAUUGGGCCAAUUUAAAUCACUUCCGUAAUAGUGCUAUAUGCAUUGCUAAAAUGUUCUUCCUAACUCUGCACUGUUGAGUUGUUUUCGGUCUCACAGAUGAUGAUAAAUGUCUAAAUUUGCUGCGAGGAGUGCGGCCAGCUGGCUUCAAGUGUGUCUGAGACCGCAGUGUCGGUUCUCAGCCCAAUUGUGGGUCGGGAAAGUCUAGUGUUGUCACUAAGUUCAGGUUUUUAGAGCGAAAAGUGCCAUCAAUGUCCCUGUUUUCUGAGGAGCUCUGCUAAAGCACAAAUGUCCUCCUGUGGUUUUAUCCCUCAUAUUUAACAAAUAUGUGUUUGUAAGGUUUGAAAAACUAAAUCAAAUCUACACGACUCUAUCAGGAACUGAGCGCAUCCAUCUGGACUACAUGUCAGUCGUUAAUCUAAUACCCUGGCAGUCCAGGGUAUUAGAGAGAGUGUAGAAAGUGGAGAGCGUUGUUUCUGUUAGUGCCUGGAAUGAACUAGAUUGAGAUGUCAAUAGUUAAAUCAUUAAUACACAUUUAAAACAAAACAUAGUAGAGUAACAGAGCUUAAAGUAACACACCAAGCACCAUAGCCACUGCAGCCCACUGUAGUGAUGAUUGUGCCAGAAUUGCCCUGAUGCCCUCCCAGGGUAAGUAGUCAAAGCAUUUGUGAAUGGUUUGACAGCUUACUGGGGACCACUAGGCACAUGGCGCCCUCUUCUGUGCCCUUGGAAAAGCUUGCAUUGAGCUAAAACCAGGCCAUUGGCUAAUCACACCUUAGCUGCACCCAGAUUACUUACCCUGGAGCCCUUCUGGCACCAUAACUACGACAUCAGGCCAUAACACAUUAUAGGUUAUUUUUCCAUAUUUCAUUCCGUGGUGUAAUUUCCAGAGAAGUGACCGUUCCCCUUUUACUUUAAGCAUGCGUGGGAUAGGCAUAAGGCUAUCCUAACUAUAAGAUAAGGCCAGGGACUAAUGAAAAUAUUUAGAAAUAUUGGGCAGACUAGAUGGGCCGAAUGGUUCUUAUCUGCCGUCACAUACUAUGUUUCUAUGUCUAUGUUUCUAUGUUACUUUUAUCUUGUCUAUGCGUUUCUAGUAUGUUUUAUUCACGUUGUCCCAUAAAACCGUGUUUAUAUCCCCCGUCGUAUUAACUACUAAAACAUAGAUAACUGUGGAUUAUUAUGAUUACAACAAACCUAAUUAUUUGAAUGGUUUGUAGAGUAAAAUAACUUCAUUGUGUUACACCAUCUUAAACCUUUUGUUAAAUAUUAGCAUGCCCUCAAUGAAGCGGUUUUACUCCACUGGUGACAAGAAAAGUGUCAUAUUUCUCAUUCUGGCAUGGAAAGUCAUGUGUCUCUCCUUUUACCAGUUUAUUAUUGCCCAUAUUUUGACUAAGAUUUAGAGAUUGAUAUAGCUCUAUAUAUUCAAGGCUAUUUAUUGCUUCUCUAAAUAUACCCAGGAGAAACCCACCACAGAUGUAUUUAUAACCUUCCCUGAGAAACCAUAUAAUGGUAAUAGAUCUUUGUUAUAGCCAUUCCUUCCCUAUCCUUUAAGAUAGUCCUAUUUUUACCCCAGUACCAUGAGUGAUGGCUUGUUUAAAAUAAUUCCUUGCCAGAACUGGAUAUUUGAAGCCAUACAUUUAAAAGGGAGGCUUGCAACACCCAAUGAAUAUGAUCUGGUACAGGUUUAGAAACCCCCAUCAUUCUUUUUUAGUUAUUUAUAUAUAUAUUUAUUUAUUGUUUUACUCUAAAUCUUUAGAAGUACUUCAGAGCACAAUGUUACUUAUACCGUAAAUCCUAUAAACGAUGUAUUUUUUUUUUUUUAUUUUUUUUUUUAAAGUGUGUAUUUUUAAUAUUUUUAAAAAGGACAAAAAAAACAAACUCUUUUUAAGACCGUGAGGAAUUCAAAAUCACUGAGGGAAGAUGGGCAGGUAACAGGGUGCGUUCCAUCACAUUUAGCCUUUUCUAAUGUAAUUGCUCUAUACAUAUCACCCCCUGUCUGUAUAAUAAAUCAUUUUAAAGCUUGACAUUUGAUUAUUCCACUUACAGCAUCUAUGCCCUGGUGCUCCUUGGUCUAAUUGGAAACUGCAGAUCAUAGAAGAAAGCACUCUCCAAUGUUUACAGCAAAAAUAUGUUUAGAAUUCCAUACAAGUAGGGAUUUUUUUUUAAAUAACCUUUCCAUUAAAAAAAUAUAAUAUAUAUAAUCAUAGUAAAUAUUUAUUUGGUUCUUAUAGAAGGAGCGAACCGCACAGUGCUACAGUCUGUGGAAGUCCUCACUUUUUUUUUUUUCUGAAUUAUUGUUCGGGUCUUACAGACCAAAACAGAUAUUGGAUAUUAUUAUUAAUUUGGUCAGAAAAAAAGCCAAGGUCUCGGAUACCUCUUGACAGUUGAAGAGUAAUCCUCUAGCAUCAGGAGAGGAAGAACCUUGUAUGGAGGAAACCAUGGCCUGAAGGACUGCCCUUCCAUCUGGACAAUAAAAUACAAAUAUAGUAGUACAUUUCUCAGAAACGGUGCUUACUCUUAAUAAGCUGUUUAAAUUGAUAGGAAGAUAGAUGCAUAGAUAAAAUGCUCAAGCACAUUAAUCAUAGCGUGAUUGAGAAUACUUCAUGUAAUGUGCCCAUUAGGCUCUUCUCUGCUUCCAGGAAAUAAAUGAUGAUGGGCCGAAUGGUUCUUAUCUACCGUCACAUUCUAUAUUUCUAACAACUCCAUAGCAUGGAGACAAAAGCAAUACUCCCAACUCAGCAAAUACACUGCUUAAAAUGUUUAUCCCGGGGGGCGGGGCCUGACAGCAGAGCCGAGCGGUUGACAACCUCGAGGGCUCCUGCAUGAAACCGCUAAUUAAACUGCUUUCCCUAACCAAAACGCAGACCAAUUGCGCCGACAGAACUGUCAAUCGAUGGGUAAUAUUGAACAGAACACAAUGAUACCCCUAAAGCGGGGGCCUCGAUGCGGAAAGAUCCCUGCUCCCCUCCCCCCCUCUGGACCAGCGGGGAUCAUCCCGGUCCACCAGCAAAGGGCAAGCACCCACCUCUGGGACACAGACCCGAGCCACGCCGCUCUGGCGGCCCCUCGAGGCCUGACCAAGAUGGCCAACGGCAGGGCUAUUAAUCAGCAACAGCAGAAUGCUGAGGACUGGGCAAUGGCCUUCAGAGUUAAAUUCGAUGCAGUCUGCCAACCCUUCUGGGAACGCAUUGAAGCUAGGCGCACAUGUCCCACACCGAUAUCAACCUCAAAGACAACGAGCCACCGCGCACCCAUCACCACGCAACCGGGUCAUCCGAACAAAGUGCUGCCACAGCGAAAGCGUACACAAGAUAAGGGUACCCGGUGAAAGAAGCGAAUCGCCUCGCAUCCAGCCAAAAAAAAAUCCUCAAUACAGCACGUACCGGAGACACCACAGCCGAAUAACACCUGCACACACAGUGCCCAGCACCUGCAGCAAACUCACAAGAUGGUGCAGGGGACCACUGCUGCACUUCCUGAACGCUCAAGGUACCUGCCGAAAAGCCGGAAUCGGAUGAACCCCCCCCCCCCUCAUAUUUGGGAUCCCAGAGACUGAAACCUCCAACCACUGAGGAUAUAGUAAUGACCCAAGAUUUGACUUUCCUGCAACACUAUCCUCUUUUUUGCAUUUUCGUUUAGCGAGCAAUAGCCUCCACUCCUGUAUAACUCUUUCAGUGCCUAGUCAAUGCGGCAGUAAUGUAUAUGUUUUUUCAUCACAGUUGGUUAGCUAGAGAUAACAUGCUAUUACAUAUGCACUAGACUCACUAGAUAAAUCAGAGAGUAGGCUGCUAGCUUUCAUUGCUUUAAAGGAAAUGCAUUGUUAAGAUACUGCUAGAUCUGCUCAGCUAAGAUAGGACCAAUAGUUUUUUGUACUAUAUCAAAAUCGCUUAUUUAGCAGAUAUACCUCAGUUAACACAGUAACUGAAGAUAAGUGCUAUUAGCGAACAUUUGAAAGGACUAUUUACCCAAUUGUAUCCAACAAAGAUUACAUAAGUUGCAAAAUAUUGUGCACUCUAUAGCAACUCUCUUUUUAUACUACUGAUUUCUUAUUACUUUGAAUUUUUAUCUACCUUUUUGAUCAGUACUUUUAACAUUUUGUGCAGAAUAGGGCUAACAUAUGGUGCAAUUAUUGUAGAUUCCAAUGUAUAUAAGCACUGUUUUUUAUGAGCAUUGAUUUAUAAGCAAUUUUUAUCAGCUUUAUUUUACAAGGUAUAUAUCCUAUAUUACUCGUGGAUAACUAUUAGAGUUAAUCUAAUAUUUUAUUUUAGCAUUGCUACCUUUGUGCUGAUGAGGUAAGGGACUGAGUCUAUGAAGGUGCAUCGUAUAUGAUGUCAUAACCUUGCACUUUCCUCAGUCCCAAGAAAGCAGUGACAUUUGCCAUAACACACAGAAUACUUCAUCCUCGAAAACACCAUUAGAUGAUGUAAUGAAGGGAGUGAGGGAAUCUGGCAAUGGAGGAGUAACUGUAGCCGGUCAAAGAACAGAAGGUGGCUGGGAAGGUAUGUGUGAUUAUAUGAGUGUUGGAGCAAGUAAGGCUGGGGAGGAAGGCAUAUUACUGGUGGUUGGGAGUAUUCAUAGCAGAAAUGAUAAUGCUAUUUGGACCAUACAGUGAAGGGGUAUGCAUGGGAGACAGACUGAUUAGUCUUGAGGGCAUCUGUCCACUAUGAAAUCCUCAUGGUUUAUUGGCAUGGAGCAAGUGAAGAGUGUUCUUCUAAUGCUGCAAAGGACUUGAUGCUCUAAUGUUUUUCAGGUUUGGUAAAGACAACUAAGCAAAGUUCUGCUCAGAAUUAUUCACACAGUACAUGUCACUAGGACUGUUUUAUUAUUUUUUACAGUGGGCUUUUCCUGAGGUGUACGACAGAAGAUUAGCUUAGGUGAAUGUCUCAGUUCCUUCAAUGUUCCUUGGAGCGUUGUGCUUUGUCUAAAGAUCUGGUUUUCUCGGAAUGUCCCAGCUGCCUGCUUGUGUCUUUGGCACAUUAAUAUGCAUAGAUAAGGAGUUAUUUACAGGUAUAAAACCAACAAUUGUCAAUUUCUGUUCCAUUUUGUCCAUGCAUUUGACAGCAUUAAAAAAAGUGUUUUUUCAUUGAGCCAUAGUCUAAUUUACAUAAGAGUUUUUUUAGUUACUGAACCCCGACAUGCCGUGGUUUUAUUUAUUUUUAUUUGUUACUGGCAUUUAUAAAGCGCCAACAUAUUCCGCAGCGCUGUAUAAUUGGGAAAGACAACACAAUAAGAACAGACCACUACAACAGGUAGAGGGUCCUGCCCGUAAGCUUACAAUCUAAAGGAUAAACUGGGGAGAUGAGACAAGAGGUAGCAGAGGAGUGUGUAUGUGAUACCAGAUAGAGUUAAUAUAUAUACUACCGCAGCUGAUAGCAUGUGAUGGGAAUGAGGAGGUGGUGAUUGGCUGUGGUUCCAAACAACUGAAAGAGCAUGCUAUAUAAUAGGAAGGAACCAGGGUGCGUGGGUGGGUAGAGCCAAGUAAAAUUAAAAGGCCUUGUAGCAGGAAUGGAUGAUGAUUUGGGGCUAAGGAAGAGAGAUAAAACUGUUGCAAUACAGCCACGGCUCACCUCAAAGGUCUUACAGCGCAUACAAACCACGUUAUUAUGCUACACAAGACACUGUAUAAGCUGUGUUGUACUCUUGCUUACACUAUGGGACACCCGAGCAGGAUACCAUUGCAUAGUUUGUACCGAUGCCUAGCCUGUUUAACACAAGACACAAUCUUGUAACACACUACUGCUACACACUCACACUAAAAUACUCAACUGAAACUCAUCAGUUAUACAUGUCUACAUCUAUGUACGCUGUUGUGGCGUUUUACUUUGAUAUGUACCCACCUGCACAAUAAAAAUAAAGAAUUAAAAAAAUAAAUACAUUUAAAGCUGGGAGUGGCAAGGGGGGGGGGGAUGUAAUGGAGCAGGCUAGCCAUUUGUUAUAAACAAGUUAUAAACAAGUAAGUAUUUGGCAACCACAUUUCCAUCAGCCAGAUUAUUAAUAACUACGUGUAACAUCAAGUACAAAAUAUUACAGUAGUAAACUAUAUGAAACAAUGGUAGUAUCAUUAUAGUAAAGUAAUAAUCUAGUUUUAUGGAUUGCGAUUCAGCAAUUGUAUGGUAUGUUUCACAAGAAUCAGCCCUACUGGACAGUCUGCUUACCAAAGGGAGACUUCUGCUACUGAUGUGAACAUGUCAGAUGGCCAUGCAUGUGGUACUUGAUCCUUCAGAGGGGUGGCGGAAAUGCAAAGCUACCUGCCAAUGAACAAAAAGCUCUAAUUGUUAGAGAUUAAAGGGAUAGACCAUCAUUAUACUAAUGGCUAGGGGAGAUAUAACGCUUUAGACACCAGCAUGUCAAGCUCAAGCCAUUUGUUUUCCAUCAUUCCUUUUGUUUCAGUGUCUUGCAGGCAGCUGCUCAAGUCUUCUGCCCUUUCUUGCAGAUAUCUCUAGAAGUGUGAUCCACCUAUUGUAUGUAUUGCAUUUGUAUUUAUGUUUGAGUGGUAUAAAGGAUUUCCCACUCAGGUGACAUAUCACACUCACAUCGUCUUCACUGUAUAUAUUGCACUUUUUUGUCAUGUCAAGCUCAAAGGCUAGCACAGGCCACAUAAACAAGGUUUAAGUUUAUGUGGGCCACAAAUAAAAAAACAAAACCUUACAUUUUCAUAGAAACUUAGCUUUGUUUUUAAAAGUACAGUAUAAAAAAAAAAAAUCAGCGUUCCCCCCUCUGUACUAAAUCCCAGUCCCCCCCCUCUAUACUAACUCCCAGUCCCUCCCCCCCUCUACUAAACCCAGCACCCCCUCCCCCCCCUUUACUAAACCCCAGCCCUUGUUUUAAAAAAAAAUUAACAACAAGCAGACUCCACUCACAUUGCCGCUGCCAGUAUGCGACUCUGGAGUUCAGCCUCUGGUAUACCUCCAAUGGCGCCAUCCCCACCUUGUGCUAAAGCUGAUCCUCUCGCUACUCCUUGAAAACCUGUGAAGUUGGAGAAUGUUGACAUCACGUCAGAAUGUGACGUGGCAUUGCCUCCGUGCAUUGCCUCCGUGCGGCCAUCGCAACCCUGACAGACACACACACACUCUCUGACAGACACACACACACUCUCUGACAGACACACACACACUCUCUCUGACACACACACUCUGAUAGACACACACACAGACACACUGACAGAGACAGACACACUGACCAACACACACACAUUCUCUGACAGACACAUACACACACUCUCUGACAGACAGACACACACACGCAAACACAUUUCCACAUUCUUGCCCACACCAACAUCAUUUGAUUUAUUGCUCCCAACUUAUUGGAGCUGGUGUGGGGCCUCUUCUCUCGGGAGCUCAGUCUUCCUGCUCCUCACUGCUCAGUUUAGUGAUGCUGGGUGCCGGAAUAUGACGUCAUAUUAAGGAGUGCACUAAGGAGUGCGCGCGCAAGGGAGCAGUGAGGAGCAGGAAGACUGAGCUCCCAUCGCUACCGCCAGGGACCUCUCCUACGGCCGGUACCGGUAAGUUUGAGCAGAGUAGGCACCUGCAAUGUAAGGAGAGCAGGUGCCUACUCUGCCUUAGUAAUCAUGACAAACUCGCGGCUUGUGGGCCGCAAAUAUAUUCAUUGUGGGCCGCAAGUUUGACAUGCUUGAGCUAUAGUAUGUAUCUAUAAUUUGUAUUGUAUAUGGAAGAUUGUGUUUGUACACUACAGUUAAAUCAUGAACUUUUAUAUGUCCAUUAUGCAAUUCUACAGAAUAUGAUAAUUAUCUUAAUCAUUGUUUGGUCACUUGAAUAUUUUACAGGGAGUGCAGAAUUAUUAGGCAAAUGAGUAUUUUGACCACAUCAUCCUCUUUAUGCAUGUUGUCUUACUCCAAGCUGUAUAGGCUCGAAAGCCUACUACCAAUUAAGCAUAUUAGGUGAUGUGCAUCUCUGUAAUGAGAAGGGGUGUGGUCUAAUGACAUCAACACCCUAUAUCAGGUGUGCAUAAUUAUUAGGCAACUUCCUUUCCUUUGGCAAAAUGGGUCAAAAGAAGGACUUGACAGGCUCAGAAAAGUCAAAAAUAGUGAGAUAUCUUGCAGAGGGAUGCAGCACUCUUAAAAUUGCAAAGCUUCUGAAGCGUGAUCAUCGAACAAUCAAGCGUUUCAUUCAAAAUAGUCAACAGGGUCGCAAGAAGCGUGUGGAAAAACCAAGGCGCAAAAUAACUGCCCAUGAACUGAGAAAAGUCAAGCGUGCAGCUGCCACGAUGCCACUUGCCACCAGUUUGGCCAUAUUUCAGAGCUGCAACAUCACUGGAGUGCCCAAAAGCACAAGGUGUGCAAUACUCAGAGACAUGGCCAAGGUAAGAAAGGCUGAAAGACGACCACCACUGAACAAGACACACAAGCUGAAACGUCAAGACUGGGCCAAGAAAUAUCUCAAGACUGAUUUUUCUAAGGUUUUAUGGACUGAUGAAAUGAGAGUGAGUCUUGAUGGGCCAGAUGGAUGGGCCCGUGGCUGGAUUGGUAAAGGGCAGAGAGCUCCAGUCCGACUCAGACGCCAGCAAGGUGGAGGUGGAGUACUGGUUUGGGCUGGUAUCAUCAAAGAUGAGUUUGUGCUGCCUUUUCGGGUUGAGGAUGGAGUCAAGCUCAACUCCCAGUCCUACUGCCAGUUCCUGGAAGAUACCUUCUUCAAGCAGUGGUACAGGAAGAAGUCUGCAUCCUUCAAAAAAAACAUGAUUUUCAUGCAGGACAAUGCUCCAUCACACGCGUCCAAGUACUCCACAGCGUGGCUGGCAAGAAAGGGUAUAAAAGAAGAAAAUCUAAUGACAUGGCCUCCUUGUUCACCUGAUCUGAACCCCAUUGAGAACCUGUGGUCCAUCAUCAAAUGUGAGAUUUACAAGGAGGGAAAACAGUACACCUCUCUGAACAGUGUCUGGGAGGCUGUGGUUGCUGCUGCACGCAAUGUUGAUGGUGAACAGAUCAAAACACUGACAGAAUCCAUGGAUGGCAGGCUUUUGAGUGUCCUUGCAAAGAAAGGUGGCUAUAUUGGUCACUGAUUUGUUUUUGUUUUGUUUUUGAAUGUCAGAAAUGUAUAUUUGUGAAUGUUGAGAUGUUAUAUUGGUUUCACUGGUAAUAAUAAAUAAUUGAAAUGGGUAUAUAUUUGUUUUUUGUUAAGUUGCCUAAUAAUUAUGCACAGUAAUAGUCACCUGCACACACAGAUAUCCCCCUAACAUAGCUAAAACUAAAAACAAACUAAAAACUACUUCCAAAAAUAUUCAGCUUGAUAUUAAUGAGUUUUUUGGGUUCAUUGAGAACAUGGUUGUUGUUCAAUAAUAAAAUUAAUCCUCAAAAAUACAACUUGCCUAAUAAUUCUGCACUCCCUGUAAUGCUUUCUUUUUUUUUUUAUAGACCGUGACCAGCAGCGAAGGGAAAAAAUUAAAAAGCAGCUGUCACAGUUUGAGGUGGGAUCAUUGCAAAGGCAGCAGUCGAGAAUUGAUUGGCGCCCACGUUCCACGGAAAGUACAGGUUCUCUAACCCAGAGAAAGGUAUGACUGCAUGCUAAUUAUUGGAAACGGUGUGGUGAGUUUUCUUUUGAAUCAAUUUUUUCAUCUUACUGAAGAAAUUAAUAGACUUAAAUCUAAACUCUGGUACUAAAAUUAAUAAACGCGAAGCGUCCGGGCAGUGAUCAGCACUUACCGUAUUAACCCUCUACAGUGAAUAAUUGCUAUUAAUUUAUGUUCUCGCCAGCGUGGCAGAAUAAUUAUUACUGAAUUGGUUCAUACCAAUUAUCGGGUAACGGUGUGCAAGAAUUUAAUAUCUUCCUGAGAUCCAGCCCAUUAACUUGUGUCCCCUGUACUGGGCAUUUCGUUCACAUGCAUCUCCUUUUAUUCUUUUGAGCUACGCUAUCAAUCCCUGCUGUAUUGUAAAGAGGACAUCCUGGGCCUUCCAGUGAUAUGUCAUGUGAUAGGCUGGGAUGCUGAGAACUUCCUCUUCCUUUUCAUCAAAAAUGGAAAGAAAUUGGAAGAGAAUUAUUUUCCUCCGUUCCCGAGAGGACAUAUCAAUUACUUUGUUAGUCUCGGACAAAAUUAGGAUACACUGUGUUUUGUGUGGGGGUUCUGGCACUAAAUAAUUGAAAAUUUACACCUUUUUGCAUUAAGUACCUGUUGUAAACCUGUAUACUGCAGAUUGUAUAUUCCACUCACAAAAACAUGUACAGGCUGUGAAGCCAAUGUUCGCCCAUAACAUUUUUUUUUUUUAAUUCUUUUUUGUUUUGUUUUGACUGCAGGGGCAUGAUCUAUACACCAAGAUAGCUUCAUUAAGCUUAAGUUGUUUUGGUAACGGACUAUAAUGUCCCUUUAAUCAUUAAAUUAUGAGUUGUCUUUUAUUCAUAGUGAUUCAAGUGAAUUUAAAAUGUUAGGCCAACAUUGCUGAACUUAAAACAUAUCUGACUUGGUAAAUUUUCACCUAAUUUCUGAAAUGCUAGCAAUUCACAGUUUAGUAAAUAAUCCCAUUAUUCAUGUCUGUUAAAGGAGCACAUGCCGCUCUAUAAAAAGUGUUUAUAUUAAAAUGCAGCUUUACAUGACGUAAUGUGAGCAGCUCUUUCCCUCUUGGGGGUAUUUGACCUUUAAUGUAUUGUCAUAUCUCUGUACAGUUUGCUUUUCCUGCGUAUCCUACUGAUGUACAAUCUCUUCUCAAAGAGGCCCAUCUGAAAGAUUAUUAUUUUAUCUUGGUAACCACAUACACCACAAGAUUCACUUUAAGGAUCUGAGAGCCUGGCCUCCUGCUGAUCUGUGGUUUCUGAUUAUAUCCAGGCAAAAAAUUAUUAAAUUAGAAAUCUCUCCAAAAAUUAAGUGAAGUGUAAUUACCUUUUAUUAGACAUAUUCUGUCUCAUUCAGAUGUCAUUUUUUAUUGUGCACUGUUAGUCUUCUGAUUUGGAGGCUGGUCUUAAAUUGCAUUUAUAAGUAUAACGCUGGGCUUCUAAACCAGCCAUCAACCUGGGUAGCUAUUAACAAAGUUGAGCUGAAACAGGCCAUAAAAGAUGGAUACUGCCAAACAUUGGGGAUAUCACACACAGGGUUAUUUAGUAAUGUGUGAAUUGCCAGGAAUUCAAAGAGAAUUUAACAUCUCUGAUAAAAAUAGCCUAACUGGACACAUCGAUGACUUAAAGAUUUUAUUGAAAUUCAGUUUUUAAUUAAUUUCAGGGAGAAGAGCCCUAAAUUUUUAAAUGGUUAAUAAAACAUAAAAUUUUUAUUAAUAUUGUUAAAAGUAAUUUCAUAAUCUCAAUGAUAUCCAAGUAAUAUGUUCAUGAAACACAGUGUCUUUAGAAGUGAGUGUUGCUCUAAGGUGAGUUUACUUACCUUUCUUACCUCGCUGCACAAGGCUGACCAAGGCCGUUCCACUUGCCUGGCUGAAAUCAUCACGAUUGGCGAUCUCAGCCAAUCUAAUGCCUUCCCGUAGGGGAACCAUUGGGAGCCAAGUGCACAUUUGCGGCAGAUCACUUUAUUGCGCCAAUCAAAUGCUCCAUGUGAGCAGCAUUUAAUUGAAGAGUCGGUUCUUAUACUAGAAACACCUCUAGUGCCUGUCACACUACGGCUGUGCUUAACCCGGAAAUGGAAACAUUCUGGUUUCUACAAAAUGUUUUAUUUAUUCCCGCGUUAAAACUAUAAAGGACCACUGCACCCAGGCAAGUUCAUUGAGAUAACGUUGUCAAGGUGCCUUUUGUGGUACAUUAAAAAAACUAAAGAGAAUUUCAUGUCAACAAAAAUACUAUUUUGAACAAGUUUAAGGUAAUGUGUGCCAAUUUUCUUAUUUUUGCAAUAUUAACCAUUAAUCAUUAAAUUAUGAUGUGUGGAUAAUUUACAAGGGAAGUAUACAUUUUAUACCAAAUCGGCUAUUGGGAAUGGUAUGUCCGUCUUGGCUGUUUUAGCUUAGAAUUUGCAAUUCCCUUGCCAAUUAUGUGUUAUUUCAAGUUUAGUGAAUGAAUACAGGGUCCAGGAGUAAGCAAAAAUGAAUCCCCUUGAAGGCAAUCUGGGAUGGUAUAAUAUACAAUGAUUUAGUAUGAAUAUUGAGUUUCAAUAAUUCAAUAUGAUCAGCUCCUUAAACGCUAAACAAGCCAAUGCAACGGUACUCUUUGUGCACUGAAAGUAAUGAAUAUGUAACUAAAUGGAAGUUUUGAUUCUUGCUUGCAUUGGAAUUUUAUGUGUCCCUUGUCAAUCCUUCAACCGUUGACCCUGCAGUUUAAACAUGGUCUUUCCUGCAGAAUGACAAUGUUUUCAAUUGCAGAGUUAAAACAACAAGGGCAUGGAAACCUACCACUUCAUUGAGAUAAAGGGAUCUUGGGUGCCUUAUGUGUCCCUUUAACCCAGGGCUCGACAGAUCCUUAAAUUAUGGCUGGGAAAUUGUGGAGGUAGGCGGCAUGCUGGCGGGUCGUGGAGGAGGGCGCUAGCUGCGUGAAUGGUAAGCAGGGGGCGAGGGAGCUGUGAUGUCCCUGCUGCUCUGCUCACUCGCCGCUUAGUGAGACUCGGGCUGAAAUAUAUCGCCCUACUCCGCCCCGGUCUCACUAAGCAGCGCAUGGGGAAGCAGAGCAGGGACAUCACAGCUACUAUUCAAGCAGCUAGUCGCCCGCCUCCACAAUAAUCCAGCAUGCCGCCCACCUCCACGACGCAACCCUCCAGCAUUCUGCCGCCUCUAUAAUCCCCCAGCCGUUCACCCACUGGACCCUACAUGAAUUAAAACAACCAAUAAUGUGUGAGUGUAUGUCUGUCAUGGUGCAUGUGUGUCUGUCAUGAUGUGUUUGUUUAGGUGACCAGACUCCUUCCGUUUGCAAGGGUAUGGUGUUCUUACUCACCUUAUUUUUUAUUUAUUUUUUUACGCUGUGCUGGUCUCCCCUUGACUGGCCCUGCCUCUAUGGCUAAGAUUAUCACGCUUGAUGAUCUCAGCCAAUUCAAUCUUUUCCCAUAGGAUUGACUGCACCAAUUAGCAUCUCCUUAUAGAGAUGCAUUGAAUCAAUACAUCUCUAUUGGGAAUGGUCAGCGUCUCCAUGCCGAGCGUGCAGACUCUGAAUGAAGGUUCUGCACACUGUAACGCUCUGACACAGGAAGCACCUCUAGUGACUGUCUGAGUGAUGCUCACUAGAUGUGUCACUAGGAAACACUGCCUUUUCUCUGAAAAGGCAGUGUUUACAUUGAAAAGCCUGCAGGACAGGCAAUGGACACCAGAACCACUACAUUGGUCUCUUCAUCCUGCGAUGUCACAACAUGGUGGGACUUAAUCAGCAUGCACGGUGCCCGCAUUGAAGUGUCCCCAUAGGAAAAUGUUGAAUCAAUGCUUUCCUAUGGGGAGUUUGAAGAUGUUUGACCUCAACAUGCAAAGCGUGAGUACGUCUAAUGUUGUUUCACUGAGUAAAACUCUGUUAUGCACCAGGAAUCACCAAUGAGAUGAAGUGGUCUGGGUGCCUCUAGUCUUCCUCUACGUAUAACUUGAAUUAACUGUGGAUAUAUGCAACUGCACUUUCAAAACUUGAAUGAUCAUUCACAGGUCAGGUCUGCAACCUCCUUGUCGAAAUCCUGUUUGCAACCCUUGCUGAAUCUCAAACAAAUGCUUUUAAGAAAUUAUGUCUUUCUUUUUUAAAUCCUCAUGUGAUACAUGUACACCUCCGUACAACAAUUUUGGCCAAACAAUGGCACAAGACCAGCAUUUUUCUCCAGAGGAAAACUUUCAUACCAAAUACAAUCCUAAAUGUAAUUACACAGCUACUCAAGUUCUUCGUCUGAAAGUCUGCUUUUAAUCACUUAUGAUUUAUUUAUUUUUUUGUGAGGUGGGGGGUGGUCCGCAUUUUUAUUUUUACAUUGUGCACAAUGAGCAAUCAAGAGUACUAGUAGUGUGUGGGGCUAAUAACACUAAAAACAUGAAUAUUUUCAAUAAAUUUUAUUUAUUGCACUAACAGCAGCAGCACAAGCCCAAUAAAGAGCUGCCUUACAGGUAUUAAUUACCUUUUCAUUGCAAAAAUCUCUGUGUCAUUCAGCAGUGCCUCAUGUUGUUUGAUCCUGUGGCUGUAUUGCCUGCUCUCAAUAAAACGCUUGCAAUUCUGAUUUUCAGCAGAAGUGUGCUUUAAACUAUUGUUCCUCUAUGGGCUUUUUUAUUUGUGUGUUUUUAAAAAAAAAUAUAUUGGCCAAAAUAUCUAUCCUAAGGUCGAUAAUGGUCCUUCAGUAUAUAAAUGAAUGACAUUGAAUGAAAGACUAAGAUGGCGUACCUCUUGCUCUCCAUGUAAAAUAGCAAUUGUACCACGUAUACAACCAAUCCACAAUGUCUGACUUAUGACAAUUACCUAUUGGAAGCCACUUCCGUGAUUUACAAACAGAAAGUGUAGCUGCAGGUGAAAAUGUAUUUAUUAUUAUUGUAUUUUAUCACUACAAUUAGCUUUUUCAAAUAUGGAAACUUUCAUAAAAGCUCACUUUUAAAGUAAAAUCAGACGUGGCUCAUACAGCGAGGGAAAAAAAGUAGAAACUCAAAUAACUUUAUUUUCUUCAUUUAACUUUAUUUUCUUUACUUAAAAUCUCGGCUGGGACUGUACAGUAGGGGAGAAUGCACAACCACGAUGAUGUUUACACAUUUCGCGCCUCAAGGGUACUUCAUCAGAUCCUGUGUUGGUCCAACUGCACAUCAGAAGUAUGAAGGUUUUUUUUUUUCCUCACCAGCCACCUACUUAAUACCAUUUUUUGUUUUGGAUACAAGAUUUUUUUGGGGGGGGGAUAGCACUCAAUUUAUGGCUGAUUUGACAAAUAUUUAUAGAAUUUAAGAUUCACACUUAACUAUUGAAGAGCCAAGCCCAGGAAUGAACUGAUGUAUAUAGUUGUGUAUGUAAUACAAUUAUAAAAAAAAAAAAAAUCUAAAAAAACACUAGCGUGACAACUGUAAAAUGUCCAUUAUGGGAACCAUGUGCUCAUAGUGUCUGCAUGUUCUGUGAGGAUGAUAGUCCUAAAUACAUUGUAUAAAUAAAUCUUUGUAUGUAUUUAGUCUUGUAAAGUAGCGAAAGCAUUUUGUGUGAAAUGCGUUGACAUAAGUCCCACCACAUACCUCUCAUGUGUCCUUUACUAUGACCCAAAUCUUCUUGUCCCUCUUUUCUCUGGCACACCUCUUUUCUAGGAGCUCACAAUAUAUGGUGUGUGUGUGUGUGUCACAGAGCACCACCGAAUCACAAGUACUGUUUGCUCUAGAUGUGCCACAUUGCUUCACUCCAGUAAAAAUUACAUGAAUAAGAACCUAACACCAAAAGCUACAUCCAUCUGUGGUAGUAGUGGCUUGGACCUUUCUGAGUUAUAAUCAUGGGACAUAGAAACAUAGAAUGUGACGGCAGAUAAGAACCAUUCGGCCCAUCUAGUCUGCCCAAUUUUCUAAAUACUUUCAUUAGUCCCUAGUCUUAACUUAUAGUUAGGAUAGCUUUAUGCCUAUCCCACGCAUGCUUAAACUCCUUUACUGUGCUAACCUCUACCACUUCAGCUGGAAGGCUAUUCCAUGCAUCCACUACCCUUUCAGUAAAGUAAUAAUUCCUGAUAUUAUUUUUAAACCUUUGUCCCUCUAAUUUAAGACUAUGUCCUCUUGUUGUGGUAGUUUUUCUUCUUUUAAAUAUAGUCUCCUCCUUUACUGUGUUGAUUCCCUUUAUAUAUUUAAAUGUUUCUAUCAUAUCCCCCCUGUCUCGUCUUUCCUCCAAGCUAUACAUGUUAAGAUCCUUUAACCUUUCCUGGUAAGUUUUAUCCCGCAAUCCAUGAACCAGUUUAGUAGCCCUUCUCUGAACCCUCUCUAAGGUAUCAAUAUCCUUCUGAAGAUACGGUCUCCAGUACUGUGUACAAUACUCCAAGUGAGGUCUCACCAGUGUUCUGUACAAUGGCAUGAGCACUUCCCUCUUUCUACUGCUAAUACCUCUCCCUAUACAACCAAGCAUUCUGCUAGCAUUUCCUGCUGCUCUAUUACAUUGUCUGCCUACCUUUAAGUCAUCAGAAAUAAUCACCCCUAAAUCCCUUUCCUCAUAUGUUGAGGUUAGGACUCUAUCAAAUAUUCUGUACUCUGCCCUUGGGUUUUUACGUCCAAGAUGCAUUAUCUUGCACUUAUCCACAUUAAAUGUCAGUUGCCACAAUUCUGACCAUUUUUCUAGUUUACCUAAAUCAUUUGUCAUUUGGCUUAUCCCUCCUGGAACAUAAACCCUGUUACAUAUCUUAGUAUCAUCAGCAAAAAAACAUACCUUACCAUCAAGACCUUCUGCAAUAUCACUAAUAAAAAUAUUAAAGAGAAUGGGUCCAAGUACAGAUCCCUGAGGUACCCCACUGGUGACAAGUCCAAGCUUCAAAUAUAUUCCAUUAACUACAACCCUCUGUUGCCUGUCACUCAGCCACUGCCUUACCCAUUCAACAAUAUUUGAAUCCAAACUUAAAGAUUGCAGUUUAUUGAUAAGCCUUCUAUGUGCAACAGUGUCAAAAGCCUUACUGAAAUCUAGGUAAGCAAUGUCUACUGCACCACCCUGAUCUAUAAUUUUAGUUACCCAAUCAAAAAAAUCAAUAAGAUUAGUUUGGCAUGAUCUCCCUGAAGUAAACCCAUGUUGUCUCUGAUCUUGAAAUCCAUGUGGUUUUAGAUGUUCAUCAAUCCUAUCCUUUAACAUGGUUUCCAUCACUUUCCCCACUACUGAAGUAAGGCUUACUGGCCUAUAGUUGCCCGACUCCUCCCUAUUACCUUUCUUGUAAAUGGGCACAACAUUCGCUAACUUCCAAUCUUCUGGGACUACUCCUGUUAACAAUGAUUGGUUAAAUAAAUCUGUUAAUGGUUUUGCUAUUACACCACUAAGCUCUUUUAAUAGCUUUGGGUGUAUUCCAUCAGGUCCCAUUGACUUAUUUGUCUUUACUUUUGACAGUUGAAAUAGAACCUCUUCCUCUGUAAACUCACGUGUAAUAAAUGACUCAUUUAUCCUUUUUCUCAACUGAGGUCCCUUUCCUUCAUUUUCAUCUGUAAAUACAGAACAAAAAUAUUCAUUGAGGCAGUCAGCUAGACCUUUAUCCUCUUCUACAUACCUUCCUUCUUUUGUUUUUAAUCUAACUAAUCCUUGUUUUACUUUUCUUUUCUCAUUUAUGUAUCUAAAAAAUGUUUUAUCCCCCUUUUUUACUGACUGUGCUAUUUUCUCUUCUGUGUGUGAUUUGGAAGCUCUUAUAACUUGCUUAGCCUCUUUCUGCCUAAUCUUAUAGAUCAUUUUGUCUUCCUCACUCUGGGUUUUUUUAUAAUUCCUAAAUGCUAACUUUUUGUUUUUAACUAUUUUGGCCACAUCUGCGGAGUACCACAGUGGUUUCUUGAAUUUUUUGCUUUUACUGACAAGCCUAAUGCAAUUUUCUGUUGCCUUCAAUAGUGCAACUUUUAAAUAAUCCCAUUUCUCUUGGACUCCAUUUAAAUUGCUCCAGUCUGAUAAUGACUCCUCUACCCAUAUUCUAAUUUUAGAAAAGUCUGUUUUUCUAAAGUCUAAAACUUUUGUUUUUGUGUGGUGUGACUCAGUCACUGUUCUUAUAUUAAACCACACUGACUGAUGAUCACUGGAUCCUAAACUUUCACCUACAGUAAUAUCUGAUACCAAAUCUCCAUUUGUUAACACUAAAUCUAGUAUGGCCUCUUUACGAGUUGGCUCCUCAACAACUUGUUUUAGAGACAAUCCCAGUAGGGAGUUUAGAAUAUGUGUGCUCCUGGCACAAGUAGCUAAUUUUGUUUUCCAAUUUACAUCAGGAAGAUUAAAGUCACCCAUGAUGAUAACUUCCCCCUUCAUUGUCAUUUUAGCUAUUUCCUCAACUAGUAGAUUAUCUAACUCUUCAAUUUGUCCUGGGGGCCUAUAAAUCACACCUACACGAGUUACUGUGUGAUUACCAAAUUCUAACGUAGCCCAAACGGACUCUGUUUGCCUCACUAACUUUUAUUAGGCUAGAUUUUAUGCUAUCCUUCACAUACAAGGCCACCCCUCCCCCUUUCUUGCCUUCCCUAUCUUUCCUAUAUAAAGAGUACCCUGGUAUUGCUAUGUCCCAGUCAUUUUUCUCAUUGUACCAUGUCUCAGUAACAGCGACUAAAUCUACACUAUCAGUUGCCAUUAUUGCCACAAGUUCAUGGAUCUUAUUCCCUAAACUGCGAGCAUUUGUAGACAUGACUCUAAGCUUAUCAUUUUUAACACACUUGCUACAGGCACCUUCUGUCCUUGUUUUGGGGGACAAUUGAUUGAUGUUUUAUCACCCUUUGCCCCCCUGGGACACACUCUCCUCUCCUUGAUGAUCACUUUUAAUCUACUGGUUAAUACUUUUACACUUUAAUUGCUCUCUUGCUUCCCCCAUAACCAAACUGGAGAUGAUGAUGUAAAUGUGAAGUAUGUAUUUUCAAAAUUUUGUUUAAGGCUGGUCUUUUUUUUGUAAACAGAAACAGAUAAAUGAAUUAGUGCUCGGAUGUUUCCAACGAGGACCUGACUCUUUGCAUCUCGGGACAAUUACAAAGUAAAAGGUCACAUAAGAUCACACUAUACAGGGAGUGCAGAAUUAUUAGGCAAGUUGUAUUUUUGAGGAUUAAUUUUAUUAUUGAACAACAACCAUGUUCUCAAUGAGCCCAAAAAACUAAUUAAUAUCAAAGCUGAAUAUUUUUGGAAGUAGUUUUUAGUUUGUUUUUAGUUAUAGCUAUGUUAGGGGGAUAUCUGUGUGUGAAGGUGACUAUUAGUGUGCAUAAUUAUUAGGCAACUUAACAAAAAACAAAUAUAUACCCAUUUCAAUUAUUUAUUAUUACCAGUGAAACCAAUAUAACAUCUCAACAUUCACAAAUAUACAUUUCUGACAUUCAAAAACAAAACAAAAACAAGUCAGUGACCAAUAUAGCCACCUUUCUUUGCAAGGACACUCAAAAGCCUGCCAUCCAUGGAUUCUGUCAGUGUUUUGAUCUGUUCACCAUCAACAUUGCGUGCAGCAGCAACCACAGCCUCCCAGACACUGUUCAGAGAGGUGUACUGUUUUCCCUCCUUGUAAAUCUCACAUUUGAUGAUGGACCACAGGUUCUCAAUGGGGUUCAGAUCAGGUGAACAAGGAGGCCAUGUCAUUAGAUUUUCUUCUUUUAUACCCUUUCUUGCCAGCCACGCUGUGGAGUACUUGGACGCGUGUGAUGGAGCAUUGUCCUGCAUGAAAAUCAUGUUUUUCUUGAAGGAUGCAGACUUCUUCCUGUACCACUGCUUGAAGAAGGUGUCUUCCAGGAACUGGCAGUAGGACUGGGAGUUGAGCUUGACUCCAUCCUCAACCUGAAAAGGCCCCACAAGCUCAUCUUUGAUGAUACCAGCCCAAACCAGUACUCCACCUCCACCUUGCUGGCGUCUGAGUCGGACUGGAGCUCUCUGCCCUUUACCAAUCCAGCCACGGGCCCAUCCAUCUGGCCCAUCAAGACUCACUCUCAUUUCAUCAGUCCAUAAAACCUUAGAAAAAUCAGUCUUGAGAUAUUUCUUGGCCCAGUCUUGACGUUUCAGCUUGUGUGUCUUGUUCAGUGGUGGUCGUCUUUCAGCCUUUCUUACCUUGGCCAUGUCUCUGAGUAUUGCACACCUUGUGCUUUUGGGCACUCCAGUGAUGUUGCAGCUCUGAAAUAUGGCCAAACUGGUGGCAAGUGGCAUCGUGGCAGCUGCACGCUUGACUUUUCUCAGUUCAUGGGCAGUUAUUUUGCGCCUUGGUUUUUCCACACGCUUCUUGCGACCCUGUUGACUAUUUUGAAUGAAACGCUUGAUUGUUCGAUGAUCACGCUUCAGAAGCUUUGCAAUUUUAAGAGUGCUGCAUCCCUCUGCAAGAUAUCUCACUAUUUUUGACUUUUCUGAGCCUGUCAAGUCCUUCUUUUGACCCAUUUUGCCAAAGGAAAGGAAGUUGCCUAAUAAUUAUGCACACCUGAUAUAGGGUGUUGAUGUCAUUAGACCACACCCCUUCUCAUUACAGAGAUGCACAUCACCUAAUAUGCUUAAUUGGUAGUAGGCUUUCGAGCCUAUACAGCUUGGAGUAAGACAACAUGCAUAAAGAGGAUGAUGUGGUCAAAAUACUCAUUUGCCUAAUAAUUCUGCACUCCCUGUAUGUUGAUUAAAAUAUUUUUUUUGCUGUAGCUACCUGCUCACUUCUCAGUAAAAAUAUUUCGUUGCUGUUGUGCAGUCACUUUUUUCAGUAUCCAUUCAUAUAAGGUGGGCACCUUUGCCAACACCAUCAAAUCUUGAGACUUCUAGCAUUUUAACUAAUCAUCCUUGCCAUUUUAAAAAUUUAUAUGAUUUUGUGUACACAUCUAAGCUGGCUAUUUUGUUCAUCUGGCUCUUGUUUACGUGAAUGUUUAUUGUGAAGUUUUGUUGGAUUUUUUCUUCUGUGUUUUUUUUCUUGUGUUUUUUCACUAAGCAACAGAAAUAAACAUAUUCAGGAUCGCAAACAAAGCCGUAUUGGUGGUGACUAAAUUUAAACUAAUGAUAGUAAUUAAUUUAAAUGUGGAACGGAGCAAAACAAAAGCUUACAGAUGGCUUACGAAGGAGAAGUCAUUCUGUUUAACUCAACUUUGCAAUUUUGUUAUUUAGUUUUUCCUUUUCAAAAGAAACCUGCUGGGUUACUUGAUUCUGCGAUCUGCUUCCACAAAACAGUCAAGAUGCACCAAAAUAGGAAGCCGCGCAGAUCAUCGUGGGCUCCACCAAAACUGUCAGAUGCACCAACAGCAGGAGGUUGUUUAAUAUUUAAAUUGUCAAAAUAUUUCGCGUUUCCCUGGCAACCUUUUUUGGGCAUCACUGAUUUUUCAGAUUAUCCAAGUAAUAUCUCGCAGAGAAUCACUAUAAUUUAUUUCUGAAAACGGUUAUGGUCCAUGUAGAGAAGACGCGUUAGGUUUCAAACACUGACACUGUUCGCUACAGUUCUGUGAAAGUACCUUGCAUGGUUUUUUGUUUUUUUUACAUAUCACAAAAAAACUUAUAUAAUGCUUGUUUUUUAACUAUCACAGAUUCUAGUUUGAAGGAAAAGGCAUGAUUUAAAUCAGGGGUGCCCAAAAGGCUGAUCCCCAGAUGUAGAACUACAACUCCCAAGAUGCUUUGCAUGCAUUUAGAAUGACAAAGCAUGGCAAAGCAACAUGGAAGCUGUAGAUUUAAAACAUCUGGGGAUCUACCUUUUGGCCACCCCUGAUUUAAAUGUUGUGGAACAUGGUAACUGGCAUUCAAAAUAUCUUAAAUGUGCUAUGAAAAAAAAGCAUGAGUCCCUGGGACAAAGACAAUUUUUCAGGAUAGGUGACAAGUAUGCACUUGGCAUAAUGGGCACAAUGGCAGCUAGAUUAAAAUGUAUUUCUUCAGAUAUCUCAAAAGUAGUGCUGGCCAAUCCAGAACAUGUAUAUUAUUUGUGUCUUCUUUACCAUUGCGACACCUGCUGAAUCAAGAUAUUUUUUUAUGGUCAUCCAUUCACAUAGUUACGGUCAUAGUGUGACACAUGCUGGUAAGAAGGGGUUGGGAGUGUGUUAUUGUCGAAAAAAAAUGACUUUUGACAUGUAGUGUCUGAUGAACUCUGAAAACUUUAGCUGCCAACAAUCGUCUUGUGAGGUUUGUAAGCUACAUCCAUGCUUUAAAAUACUACAUACCAUUUUUUAUUUAUUUUAUUUUUUUAAUAUAUUAUCACUGUUACUAAGUUAUAUUUGCAUGUACACUAGUAAGAUUGGCCUCGCAUUGGACAUGGCCAAAUACAGGCAAAUGGUUAAUCUAGUAAAUGGGCAAAGAUCACAACAGGCAGCUGCAAAGUCAUAGCUGUGUUCAAGGUGAUGAGCAGAAAUUCCAGUGAAUAAGAUAAAUGGGCAGAGGCUAGGGGAGCAGUACAAGGCACAGAAAAGAUAAGACAGACAUUGCUCCGGUCAAUACUAAUUACUGUAAAGGCAUCCCUUCUUCCCUUGUGUGCACACGCUUCACUGCUUCACGGUGAACAUAACAAAGAUGAAACCUUAUUCAGAUAAUGCUUUUUUUGGCAAGAAUGCCCACACAGCAUUUGUAGCUGGUUUCUCUAGCCACCAAUGUUGCUGCAUUUAAUGUCCUUUGCGUCAUUCUACUUUGCCAACCCCUUGUGCUUUCAUUCUGGUAUCUCCGCAUACAGCAAUUUGUAGAUAACGCGUCUGUUCUACAAUCAGCUUGACAAGUCCCCAUAUUUAUUUGCUAAGAUAGGCGUGUUUAUAUGGCCUUGGAAAUUUAACUAUAAUUUUGAGUGUGCACUGUUUCCUUAAUGUGUAUUAUGGGUACACGUUCUGUCACUUAGUCCGGUUGCAUAAUAUGCAUGGUCGAGUGGUGCAAGCUCUGAUUUGUGGCAUUGCACAAUUUUGCAGAAAUUAUGUUGGAUGUGUCACAGGUAAAUUUAUUUGAGUGGUGGUGUGUCAACACUGCGCUGUAUGGACAAAUCGAUGGUGAGACAUGCAAUAUGUGCGUUGUAAGGUGCAUCACUUGAAUGCUGUGCUUAUAAAAAUACGUAGACAUUUUUCAGUAAUAGCGGAGUAUGUGAUGAAUUUAUUCUGAAUUUUUAUAUAGUUAUAUUAAGUAUUUUCCUGGUUGCAUAUAGUAGAAUUUCUAAUUUUUGUAAAUAUUUUGCAGGGAGCAUUAACAAUACAAAGGUGCACAUUGUAACCAUAAACUUGUACAAGAAGAUCAAAUUGAAAUUGGGAAACAUUAGUGAUGAAUAUUAUUAGUAAAGUCUGAUCUCUAUAUGUUGCAUAAUAUUUCUUCCAAUCCAGAACUCAUUUUAUUUUAAGUACGUGACUCUUUCCGGAUUACGAACGUAUCUGUAUCUCCACAGCAUGUUUAUUUUUACUUUGCUAAAAAUACAUUUAACCUUUUCUUACAAUAUUGGCUGCCUUUAGCAAGCGGGGAAUUUCGUGUAUUAACAGUAUCAAAUCCUUUCCUAUCCCAAAGGUGAAAUCCCCUGCCUUCUAAUAACACGGCAAGACCUUGUGUCUGAUUCCACAGACCUAGUAAUAAAAGAAUCCAGAAGUUUAGCAAUUUUGAACAAAUAAAAUAACCAUGAGUUCUCAAAAGCUCUUGUCAACCUAAUGUAAACAAGUAAAAACAAAAUGAUCAGUGAUUUCAGAGAGAUUUAGAAAUACAAACAAACUGCAAGAAUUGAAAAACGCGUUAUUUAUUAAUUAUGUGGCAUUCAGCUGGAUCCCAUUGCACAGCGCUACGGAAUCUGUUGGCGCUACAGAAAUAAUAAACUAAUAAUGUAUAACUUACGUUUGUUAUAGUAUUAAAAACAUACAGUGCAUUAAAAUUCAUCAGUCUGUUUGAAAUUCCCAUGAUACAGUCACCAAAUGUAUUGAGUGUACCUCUAAUAGUUUAGAUGCGCAGCUAAACAUGUGGACAAUAGUCUUAAAGGACAGGCCCUGUUGCAGAGGACUGAAUCUGAAACAAUCUCAAUAGAAACUGCCAGAAUAUUCAUUUUAAUUACUUCAAAUGUCUUUUCGUCCUAAAACAAUACGUAUCAAUAUCUUUCUUUUAAAUUGUUUGUGGGGAGAAAACGGCAUUUUAAUGUGUUAAAAGUGAGCAUUCAUCACAGACUCAUUUCUCUUGUUAUCCUCCUUCUCCCUCCCUUUCCUCCUCUUGCAUCUCCUGUUCCACCUUCCUUCUGCAUCUUACUUGUGUUUCUCUUAUUAACCAAGACCUCUUUAACCCCUUAAGGACACAGGACAUGUGUGACAUGUCAUGAUUCCCUUUUAUUCCAGAAGUUUGGUCCUUAAGGGGUUUAAAAAAAACAAAAACUUACUUUCAGAGAGAGGAACAUCCCACAGUCCAUUAUCUUUGAAUACAAAUACAAAGAAACAAGUCCUGCGCUCAAACUCCCAUUACUCCUGGGCGGCAGCAAUGUCCAUAGCACACAUCAGCCAAAAUACAUAUAGUAAAAACCAAAGUUCUUUGGUUUUUACAUUAUCUUUGAAUGCCAACGAACCGGUUGGCUAAGACCGUGUUUUUCCAGCCUGUACUAAGCUGGAGACCACCUUUCACAUAUUUGUAAAGCUGUGACUAAACAUACACUCUAUGAUCCCAAAAAGACAAAAAUGUGUAUAUAUUGGUAGACCUAUUGCUACUGAUCUCUCUCUCUCUCUCUCUCUCUCUCUCUCUUUGUCAUUCAUUAAUCGCUGUUGUCCUUUAUGUACCACUUCUCUCUGAGAUUAAAUAAAGAAUGGUAAUAAAUGAAAAAGUAAGCAGUCAUCAAGAGCAUUCCAUUAGUUUCCACGGUGAUAGCUACACUUUUAGAACUUUGUCUCUGCCUUUAAUUUUAUACUCUGUAAUCUACCCGUGCUGUUAAUCUUACUGGUAACCCUGUGUGUUCCUUUAAUUUGCAGUUCUCUGUUUAGUAAAUAAACCCAACUUUUGUACCACAGAGGAAUAUGAGUUUAUAACAUCACCUGAUUACACUAUUUGUGCUGCAUUAGACAGUUACAAUUGUAUGUCAACAUUGUUGUUUAUAAUUAAUUACAGGACCUGUAUCCUGAACGUGCCCGAAAUGCAACAGACUCUCCACACUCUGAUCCUGGACUUGGGUGCCCUGCAAGAUCUGUUUUCUCCUCACCGAUACUAUAUGGGUAUUUAGAUUCCCCCUAUGACCUGAGCAGAAGUACACUCAAGGGAUACCCAGAUUAUAGAAUGGCAUCCAGAUCACACUGUGACGCGUCAAACUCAAGUUCGAGUGGCAGAGACUCAAAGUGUUUCAGCAAAUUUCAGGACAAUCUGAAGGCGACAUACAGUGGAGAUCUGUUAGACAAACACGCAGAACAAUUCAAAAACGCUUCACGCCCAUUCACACCACGCACCUUGAAGACAGAAGCGAAGUCGGUCCUUUCACAGUAUCGCUAUUAUACCCCACCAAGAAGAAAAAUUAAAAGCAGUGUGAAGGAGGCAGAUACCCAGACAAAUAUGAACAGGUAUGGAGUAGUGGUAUAAAAAUGUUUUUAGUGCCAUUUAUCUCCACUAGGGAGGUGAAAAGGGUUCAAUUAAUAUUGACCAUAAAAGCACUACUGAAUAACAACUUUGUCUAGUGAAUUUUGAAUGCACAAAUACUUCAUUAAUACUUGCCACUCCGACAAAAUGUUGGCAGUCCUGCCUUUGUUCUGUCCAUCAGCAUGUGGAAAUGAUGAGUCCUAUAAAAUAUUGUAAAUUUGACGGUAGUACGUGUUCUGAUUUAUGAAUGUCCUGGGGUUAAAGACCAUGAGGGUAGAGUGUAUACCAGGUGAGUCUAGGUUAUGAUUGGCCAUGUUUGUAUGUUGGUGGAGUUAAAGGAUAACACAUCUACUUGCCUCUUAUGUAUGGAAAUCUGCAAGAGUAAGUUAGCUUAGCUCACAAAGCCAUCUAGUACUAAAUUGGUCAAUUUAGGUAAAUGCAAACCUGUACUCCUAACGUUUUAGUGUCCUUAGUUUUGUACGUGCCCCCUUGUUUAACUUUACUCUUUCAAGUGCCGGGUCUCCAACUGCUCUGGCUAGGUCUGCUCCUCCCGCAAUGUCACUCCAAUGAUGGGACCUAAUGCGCAUGCAUGAUGAGUGUCAUGCGCACAUUGAAACUUCCUAAUAGAAAGCAUUGAAUCAGUGCUUUCCAUGGGGAAUAUGCAAAGUGCGAGGACAUCCAGCAUUGGGCGGUGGUGUAAAACUCCGCUAGGGACCCAGAAGAGUCUCUAGUGGUUGUGCGGAAGAGAGCCACUAGAGGUGGAGUUAACCUUGCAAUGUAAUCACUACAAUGUCUCAGAAAAUGCAAUGUUUUACAUUGCAUGGUUAAACAGACCAGGGCACUGCACCCAGAUCACUUCAAUUAUAUGAAAUGGUCCGAGUGUCAAUCGUGUCCCUUGAACACUCCACUUUUAUUUUCAUUUAUUUGAUUCUUUUUUGUGCACAGUGAAAUGGUUUGGGGUGUAGUGCAGUCAAGUGUGAAAUAGCUAUAUUUAUAUAUGGUAUAAUAUAGUUCGACCCCACGUGGGAAUGCCAAAAGACCACAGUUUCACGCUCCAAGAAAAUAAAAUGUCUUCAUUUUAAAAACACACAAGCUGGAGAUCAAGGGAGGGAUCACCACACUGGGAAUGCUGUUUUGUGUGUCUAAUUCUUCAUCUGAGACUUUAACAUUCAAUUUUUUUUAAUUUUUCUGCACAGAAUGGCAUCCGAGAAACCAGCUUCACCAUUAAGCGGAGACAUGGUAAGACCAGAGUUGAAGGUCACCUGACUUUAUUAGUGUCGUGUGAGAUGUUAGGAGGAAUUGCAUCUCCAUGUUCCAUGUGGUUAACUUGGAGCCUGUUGUCCCCUAUUUUUUUGUUUUUUAGGUUGUUUUUUAAAAUUAGUUCAUUAAUGAAUGCACCCAUUUGUCCACUGGCUCCUUGUGCAUCCAGUAAGCAAAUAUUACCGAUUUCUGUAUUUCGUUUUUUUCUUUCCAAAUCUCAUACUGUGAGUUGGAUUCGAACCACUUUUCUGCUAAUGUUUUUUUGCUAGACAUUGAUAUUUUCUAAAUCUGAUGUGCGUCCAAAUUUUGCUUAUCCGAAGUAUGUUUGAACUGCAGAGAAUAAGCCGUUAUUGAAUGAUUUGACAGUCAAGCCAAUACUGAUUGCAUCUCUCAAUAUCAUAGGAAGGAGAAUAUGAAGAUCCUCUUCUUGAAGACGGUUUAGGAGCCAGUUCCCAGUUUUCUGAGGACGAUACAGAGUGGGACCAACAAGUGAACCAUCCACAUUCCCCAUCACGGUACAGGCUGCAUAAUAACACAAUCAUAUUGGGUUCUAUUUUUAUUUCAUUUUAGAUUAACCCUAAUUUGAACAUUAUUCCUACUCCCCUUAUUUUCAGCAAGGUCCUCUUUCCAUACAGUUAAAGGAACACUAUAGUCACCUAAAUUACUUUAGCUAAAUAAAGCAGUUUUAGUGUAUAUAUCAUUCCCCUGCAAUUUCACUGCUCAAUUCACUGUCAUUUAGGAGUUAAAUCACUUUGUUUCUGUUUAUGCAGCCCUAGCCACACCUCCCCUGGCUAUGACUGACAGAGCCUGCAUGAAAAAAAAACUAGUUUACUUUCAAACAGAUGUAAUUUAGCUUAAAUAAUUGUAUCUCAAUCUCUAAAUUGAACUUUAAUCACGUACAGGAGGUUCUUGCAGGGUCUAGCAAGCUAUUGUUAUAAGUUGUUCAGGUGACUAUAGUGUCCCUUUAAUACUCAGCAGGAGACCAUGCUUUCCAUCUUAGAUAGGUCCUGUUUGAUAAUUUCUUGCUGCAGGUUAUUUCUUUUUUAUGAUCAUAUGUACUCCACUGAUUCAUUUUUCAGGAUUCUUGUAAACAGCCUGAUUCAUUGUCCAGCUUGAUGUAGUUUGUGUGAAAUCCAUUAUGGACGUGAGAUUGCUAAUCUGAUUCUGUGGUCCAGUUGGAUGUCCACAUGCCCUAACCUUCCAAAUGAAUGAAUUCACAUCAAAAUGAUUUAGGUCUUUUGUUAGAGCAAUGGUGGCUUCAUUGUUUUAGGGAAAGCAAAACAAAGAGUAGAGUCAGCGCUAAUCGGUUUAGGCAGCAGUCCCAGAAAAGGCAGCAGUCCCAGACAAGGACUCCCUCAAAUGUCCUUGGAAUAGAUAGGCAAAAGCAGAUAAAUAGGGGAUGGGUCUGCGCCAAUAUACAAAAUAAGUUACAAUAACAAGUCCUGAAUGGGAUAGUAAAUUCAGUAGAGUAGAGUAUUGGAUCUUAUAUUUGGUCUCCGAAGUUGUAAGGUUCUACUUGUUGCGGUAUCCAAAAAUGUGGAGGACGGUGGUGGGUGAUGAGACAGAUGAUCCAAAUAGUAAAAAUAGGAGAGGUCUUACUUACAGUUGACAGAGCUUAAUCCAGCUCUGGUGUGAAUGGCUUGCAGCGGUAUUAUCCCUGCUUACAGGAUAUACGGCGAGUAUCCUCUUCUAUGCAGUGCCAGACAGCCAAGUGGGAGAUAAAAAUGGAAACAAUAAUGGUGCAGUAUGUUCCACACGUGAAAUAAAACAUGUUAAAAUAUAGUAGAUACACUCACAUUCGGUAGAGCUUCUGCUAACUCUAGUGUUGUAGGCAUACAGCGGUAUAAUCCCCGCUUGUAGGAUAUAAGAUGAGUGUUCUUGAAGGUAGUAUCAGGAGCUCGGAGAGAAGAUAAAACAGCGAUAGUGCUCUCAAUAAAAUAUUGUUGUAUAAAAUAUAAUAAAAUAUACUCACAGUUUAUAGGGCAGGCUAACUGCUCUAUGACAAAGGCGUAGGUGGUAUAAUCCCCACCUGGGAUUCUUUGGAGUAUAAUACCAGGAAAUAAAAUAAAUAAAAGGAAAAUAAAAAAAGUAUAAAAAAGAUAGAUAUAACUUAUAAGAUACAUGUAGUGUGAUUUUAAUAUAAAAACGAGCGUUAUUAAAUGAGAAUUUUAAUAUUUUCGGCCGGAACACGUCAUGAGCGCGACCUCACUUCCGGCCACACGGUAUUAUGGGACAUGUAGUCAGGAAGCGAACUACAUGUGUGUAGUUUCGCUGGCAGUAGGAUAAAGCCCUACAUUGGGCUAAUAGAGAAGGGUGAGUGGCCGAGGACCGGAAGAGGGGAGUGGCCGAGGGUCGGCUGGAAAAGGGGCUGAUGGGGAAGGAGAUGAUGGCGGCGGCCAUCUUGGUUGGGGAAUUCAAAGCUCGGUCAGACCACUUCAACAGUAAGUGUCCCUAGGCAAGAUACCUAACUGUAUACAGUUGUGCUCAAAAGUUUGCAUACCCUUUGAAUAUUGGUACCAUUUUUAAAUAUGUACCAUUUUUAAAGAAAUACAAAAAAAACAAGUCCUGUGCUCAACCUCCCAUCACUCCUGGGCUGCAGCCACGACCAUAGUACACAUCAGCCCCAAUACAUACAGUAAAAACCAAAGAAAGUUACCUGUGCUGUUCCCAUAUCCCUAUGCAUAUUUAAACAAAUAGAGGUUAUUUAGUUUCUCCAAUGGCCCUGAGAGGGUAUGCCCACCUGCCACAUCAAGGCAGACCUCUUAGGGUGGGUCCUAACUCUAACCAUUCACCUUGCUUCCUUAAGCUUCUGGCAAAAAUAUCUCUAAUGAGACAGAAAGGGGUAUUUUUUUAUAUACACCCCUACAUGCUUAUUAACCCUUAAUAUUAAACACAUUGGAUGGGCGGCAGCAUUGUAACAUAGCUGUGUGAUACAAAAGUGAAUACAAAUUAAAGAAAACCUGAGUGAGCAGGCAAAACACAUUUCUUUUAUUUCUUAUGGGAUUCAUGUUCAACUGUAGGCUAUAACAGAAUGGCACAGUCCUUAAACAAAACAUGGCAACAAAGAAAAAAAUGUAAUAAUCCAUGUUCAAAAAUCUGCAUACCCUUAGUUCUCAAUACUGUGCAUUGCCACCUUUAGCAUUAAUGACGGAGUGCAGUCUUUUUUAAUAGUUGUCUAUGAGGCCCCUAAUUCUUGCAGGUGGUAUAGCUGCCAAUUUGUUUUGGCAAAAUACCUCCAGAUCAUGGUCGUCUUGCAUGAACCGCACGUUUGAGAGCUCAUUUUUGUUCAAGUAUCAUCGUAUUGUGGUCCUUGAAGCAACCACACCAUCUUUUUCCUGAGCAGCCUGUAUUUCUCCUGAGGUUACCUGUGGGUUUUUCUUUGUAUCCCAAGCAAUUCUUCUGGCAGUUGUGGCUGAGUUCUUUCUUGGUCUACCUGACCUUGGCUUGGUAUCAAGAGACCCCCGAAUUUUCCACUUCUUAAUAAGUGAUUGAACAGUACUGACUGGCGUUUCCAAGGCUUUGGAUAUCUUUUUAUAUUCUUUUUCAUCGAGUUCCAUUCCCUUGUUACGCAAGUUUUUUGACAGUUCUUUUCUGCUUUCCAUGGCUCUGUGUCUAACCUGCUCAGUGCAUCCACAUGAGAGCUAACAAACUCAUUGACUAUUUAUACACAGCCACUAAUUGCAAUUUAAAAAGCCACAAGUGUGGGAAAUUAACCUUUAAUUCCCAUUUUAACCAGUGUGUCACCUUGUGUAUCUGUAACAAGGCCAAACAUUCAAGGGUAUGUAAACUUUUGAUCAGUGCCAUUUCAGUGAUUUGUUAUUAUGAUUUAGAAAGCAGCCAAACAGCUACGUGAUAAUAAAUGGCUUCAUAUACUCACUAUCCUUCAAUAAAAGACCUUUUGUUUGCAUGGUCAGUCAUAUUUUCAAAAUCAAUGCCACAAUCAUAUCCCCUUUCUAUAAUUGUAAAGCGCUGUGGACUAUGUUGGCGCUAUAUGAAUGCUAACAAUAAAUAAAAAUGUUUUCAAUUUAAAAUUAUGUACUGAUUUACAGUCUUAGAUGUACAUAAGGUCUAGUUAUUCUGCCAAACACAGCCCUAGCUAAUCAGCAUCUACUCAUAGAGAUACAUCGAAUCCAUGCAUCUCUGUGAGGAAAGUUCAGUGUGUGCAUGCAGAGGGUGGAGACACUGAAUAUCAGUGCUGCACAUUGUGCACCACUGCCCCAGGAAGACACUCUAGCAGCCAUAUGGGGAGUGGCCAGUGGAAGUAUCCCUAGGCUGUAAUGUAAACACUGCAUUUUCUCUGAAAAGACAGUGUUUACUGAAAAAAGCCUGAAGGGAUUGAUUAUACUCACCAGAACAAAUACAAUAAGCUGUAGUUGUUCUGGUGACUAUAGUGUCCCUUUAAUGUGAGUGAUUACACGUAUUUUUUACAAAUCUAGUUUGUGUUUCUUUCAAUAGGCUGUCUUCUGAAAUGAACUCACCAUCUCCUGUUAUGCGGAAGAUCCGUUCUCAGUAAGUACUAUUUAAUUUACCAGUUUGUAAAAAAUAAAAUGUACUCCCUUGUAUUUGGAACACUCUGAAGCCAAUAUCUUAAAGUCAUUGGGGUCCAUGGUAAAAACAUUCUAUAGUCGUGGAAAACCGAUCCUAUGUAAGCGCGGGAACACAUUCUCUUUGUGAUUCACACCAUUUAGACGUAUUCUUACUCUGUUUUAAUGGAGCUACACCUACACAAUGCUCACUGACUGAGUUCACUGGUUUGUUAAAAUAUCUCAGACAGAGCUUCCUUUUUAUUAGUCUUUACAUCAGAGACGUUAUAUUCCUGGAUGUUUAAGAAUGUGUUUUUUUUGUAUUUAAUAUAUAUUUGUGUAAUUGUAUUUGUGUGUGUGUGUGUGAUGAGGGCUUUAAUGGCCAAACAUUAAGAGGAAGGUUUAUCAAGGCAAAAAAUGCUUCCAUUCAGGGAAAAGUGGUAAAUAAGGACCAGUCACCAUCGUUUGAGCAGGGUCUCCAACUACCUGUUGUUCCUGUUACAUUUUGUUAUUGUCUCAUUUGGUAAAUUCCCCCCUUAUUGUAAAGCGCAUGCUAUAUAAAUACCAAUAAAAAUAAUAAUUAAAUGAAAUGGUUAUACAUACAGUGUACCUUUUAAAGCAGUGGUUCCCAAACCAGCCCUGCAACAAUCCAAAAUGUAUGUAUUUCCCUUUUUGUGCAUGUCAAUUGGUAGAAGCACCAAAUAGAAAGUGCUGCCUGGUUCUAGUUACAACAGACAAUACUAAUCUUUUUGUCAAACAUUUAAGUGAGGGAACACUUCGGAAAUGGGGGUCACAAUAUGGUGUCUUUUGAAAUAAACUCAAAAAAGAAAAUGCAUUUUGCAUAGGCAUUCCAUUCUAACCUUUUUCCACAAUUAACCUCUUUGGACUAACAAUGCCCUACUGGGCAUUGCUAUUAGGCCCCCCUGUUCCCUGAAUAUUAAAUAUAAUGUCGAAACAUAGCUUGAAUCUAGCGCCAGGCAAAGCUCCUCCAGUGAUCGAAACACAUGCUUCUUACAGAGAAACCUGCGAGUGUAUGGUUACGCUGGCUCACCAGGCUACCUAUGUCACAUGUGCUGGGGGUGUAACACGCCCCUGGCACACAAUAAAAGCUGAAUACUGAAUGUACAGUGUUUGAAGCAGAAACACUGCAUAUCCAGGUCUCUGCCUUCAUGGCAGGAAAGAAUGGCUUGUUUAUUUACCAUCAUUCCCUGCCAGGUGUUUAAGCACCUGAUCGAGACUGCAACCCGGCAUGGUAUUGGUCCUGAAGGAACUAUUUUUGGUAUUUUGACAAAUCUUCCUGUAACAAUGAAUUUAAAUGUAAAAUGUUGCCUGAAGCUGUCGUGCUUGGGCCUGGAUGUCAAUUCGGCUGCAAUAUGUGCAUGUGCAACUUUAGGUGUGUGUGAGUCAGAAGGAAUAUAAUCAAAAAUGUGAUUUUUAUCUUUAUUUUAUUGUCUUACAGAGAAGAGGAACUUGCUUAUCUGAAAUUUGUAACCAACGUUACCACUGAAAUCCUGGCUCUUGGAUUGUUUUCAGACAGGUUAGAUCCAUGUAAUUGAGAAUGAUUCUAUCAAGGACACAGUUAGUUCUGAAUGACUAUCCCUGACAUGUCUAGCAUAAUGUACUAUUGUAAUAAUUCUGUUUGACAGGAUGCCAGUGGAAUUGUAUUUUAGGUAUUACUAUAGCCGCUUCCAUCUGCGGAAUCCAUAAUGUUUCAUAUCCAUGUAACGUAUUCACUCCCUCCAAAAAAAUACUUCAUAAAGUUGCAAUCUUUAGGAAAUAGAAUCUUUAUGAAAUUUGCAGAUUGACUGUGUUGAAAUUUUACUGAAAUUCUAACCCAGUCAUAAGAUAUACUGAGACAAAGUAGGGAUGCUAUUUUUAUUUAUUUAUUACUGGCAUUUAUAAAGUGCCAACAUAUUCCGCAGCGAUGUACGAUUGGGAAAAAUCCAAUACCGUAUAAACAGACCAAUACAAAAGGUAGAGGGCCUUGCCCGUCAGCUUACAAUGUAAAGGAUAAACGGGGGGAGAUGAGAUAAGUGGUAGCAGAGGAAUUUGGAGGUGAUGAUAGAGAGAUUUAAUCGAAUAAUUCUAGUAACUGAUAACAUGUGAAAGGAAUGAGGAGGUGAUUGACUGUGGUUCCAAUCAGCUGGAAGUGCAUGCUAAAGAGUUAAAAGGAACCAGGGCAGGACAACUGAAGUGGCUUUGUUGCAGAGAUUCAUGUGGGUUGGGUACAGUACUGAUGUGAUCUUAUGUGGGCUCAUGGCAGCUUAAAUGCAGAGCUGGAGAAGAGCAUCAGAAAGAGGAUGGCGGCACCUUUGAGGGACAGGUUCAGUUAAGUAAAUCUCACCUUUGCCGGCCAGCAAUGUCCCCGUUGUGGUCUUUGCAAAUUAUGCAAAGACCCCAGAUCAUGACAGAUUUGCUUUAAUGUUGUUAAAUUAUGUAUACAGUUUGCACACUUAUACAAAAAUGUGUUACAUUUCACCUGUGGGCUGAUUACAAAGCAUUAGACUGGCUUGGCAUCAUGGGAAAUGUUUGUAGCCUAGAUCCAUACAGGGUAUUCAUUUUGAUUAAGAUCGUGGUAUGUUGCAGAAGGUAUACAAUAAUGUGUUGCUUUUUUUAUUCAUGUAUGUGGUUUUUUUUGUUGUUGUUUUUUUUUAUGUCCAAUAAAUGUCCAUUAUAGGACCAGGAAAGAAGUCACGGUUAUUGUUCUUUAUUUCUGUUUGCUUUUUUUUCUGUCCAGGGUUUUAGAUCGUGUGUUUGAACGCCAUAUUGAGGAAAACAGGCACCGUUUGGAUGAGGUAAAAUCUUUGUGAUGUACCGUAUAUACUCGAGUAUAAGUCGAGUUUUUCAGCACAUUUUCUGUGCUGAAAACCCCCACUCGACUUAUACUCGAGUCAAUGUCUGUAUUAUAGCAACUUAUGUAAUGAGCCCGGCGGUCCUGGUCUGUAUUAUGGCAACGUAAGUUGCUAUAAUACAGACAUUGACUCAAGUAUAAGUCGAGUGGGGGGUUUUCAGCACAAAAAAUGUUGGGGGCUGGCAGCGAGCUGUAACUUACCUUUCCUGCAACUCCUGUCAGCUCCCUUCUCUCUCCUCCGGUCCGUCAGCUCCACUGUAAGUCUCGCAAGAGCUGCAGGGUCAGAGCGUUGCCACUUAGAGGGGAGACUUACAGGGGAGCUGACCGGACCGGAGGAGAGAGAAGGGAGCUGACAGGAGCUGCAGGAAAGGUAAGUUACACCUCUCUGCCAGCCCAUCCACUGGACCACCAGGGAAUGAGAGCCCCUCUCCCUGGCCAGGCAACAAGCAGGGAGGGGGGACGAAUAAAAAUUAAAAUAAUAAUAAAAUAUUAAUAAUAUAAAAUAAAAGAAAUUAAAAUAAAAUAUUAAUAAUAUAACAAAAAAAUAUUAUAAUAAUAAUUUUUUAAAAAUAAUAAAAAUGCCCACCCCCCACCAAGGCUCUGCAUCACAUACACAAACACACUCUGCAUCACACACUGCAUUCAUACACACACUACAUACACACACACACUGCACUCAUACACACACUGCACUCACACACACACUGCAUGCAUAUACACACACACACACACUGCAUUCAUACACACACACACACACACUGCACUCAUACACAUAGACACACUAUAAAUAAAUAUUCAGUUAAUAUAAUUUUUGGGGGAUAUAAUUUUAUCUAGAAAUUUACCAGGAGCUGAUGCAUUUCCCACCCUAGUCUUAUACUCGAGUCAAUAAGUUUUCCCAGUUUUUUGGGGUAAAAGUAGGGGUCUUGACUUAUAUUCGGGUCGACUUAUACGCGAGUAUAUACGGUACAUAUAUAUGCUUUAGUUAACACAAAUUCUUGUUUUUUUAAGGAAAUUAAAAUUGUUGUUUCAUUUUUGCUCAUAUUAUUAAUCCACUUUUUGGAUUUGAGAACCCAUUCUAUUUAUUGUUACCCAUUUGUACUAUCUAUGUAGUUUUUGAUAGCUAGAUUGUUUACGUUAAAUUUAUUUUGACCUACAGUCUUUUUCUGUUUCUUAUUAUUCUUUCCCAUUACGAAGCCACAGGCACAUGGCCUUUAUAUAUAUAUAUAUAUAUAUUGAUUUUAGAUCAAUACAUUGUACAAAGCACCUAAAUUCUAAAUCAUUUUUACGGUUUAUCUCCAGGGUAAAAUGCGGCACCUGUUGGAGACACUCAAGGAAGACUUGGAUGACAAACAAGCUCAUCGCAGAACUAAGACCAAUGAUAUGCUUGCUACCUCAUCAAGUGAUUACUCAGGGAAAAAGCUACAUUCCAGCGAAUCACUUUCCAUUCCUCAGAAUUUCCUUUUGGAACCGCGGAAUGUAACUUACCGGGAUGAAGAAGAUUCAGAUGACCUGCUUCAUGAUGAACCAGAGAAGUGUGAUGACUCUGCUGAGGAAGACCCAAGUCGUGGUGUCUUAGACUCGAUCAAUAGUGCUUUGGGCUCGCUAAAUUAUGAAGAUCAUUUGGAGAAAACGGACACGUCGCUGGACCUUCAUGACCUAGAAGAACAAUUUUCCAAAGUAGUUAAAGUGUCCAUGGCUGAAGAUCCAUCUGUGCCUGAAGAGGUGGAUGGAAAUGCAGAUCAUGAAGACGUAGUUAUAGAUCAAUUAAUUGCCAAUGAGUUGUGAAAAUAAAUUUAGACAGAAAUCCAGUGACCGUAAGGUUUACUAUUCACACUAUAUAGUUAAUCUACAGGUAUUUAAAAUAGGGCUUUCAAACCUAUGACUGCUUCAGGGACAAGCCAUUCAUUUCGAACUUCUGGUCACUUAAAGGGCUACACACAUAAACACUUUUAUUUAAUGUUCAGAAAGUUCACAAUAAACAGGAAAAGGUAGUGGAUUAAUUAAAUGUUUUAUGAGCCAUUUUUUAAAGCAGUCCUUCUAGAUGACAAUGCUAGUUCGAAGACCUUUUACAAUUUGCCCUCUGGCACAUGGUAAUUAUUUAUGCUUGGGCAACCUGUGCGUCAAGUGACCGAUUAUAGCAAACACACCUUGGAGCAAUACCCACAGAGCUGACACUGAGAAAAUACACGUUCCCUGUAAGGUGAAUAGUGCAGAGCUGAAAUUAUUUAAAAAGAUAUUUAAAAUAAAAAAGGAAACAUGAAAGGAAAAAAAAAACCUCUCCUGCAUUAAUAAUUAAUGCUCUGUGGAAGAGAAAAAAAAUCCCCAGCAGGAGAUAUGGAUUCAUCUUGUACUCUUUCACUAUGAUAUUUUUUAUGUUUUAUUUUUAUAAUAUCUUUUCAUAAGAAGCCCAUGUUUAACAAUUUCUGUAGUGGACUUCUCACCUUAGAGGGAGCACUUUUUCAGUCUAUUUAAGUCAAAGGUGCCCAAAAGGUAGAUCGCCAGAUGUUUUAAAACUACAGCUUUCAUGAUGCUUUGUCAUUCUAAAGGUAUUUGAUAGACAUGCAAUGCAUCAUGGGAGUUGUAGUUCUACAACAUCUGGGGAUCUACAUUUUGGGCACUCCUGCUGUAAGUGAAUAUACAUGUAAAUGUAAUCUUUUUUUAAUAUAAUCCCUACCUUCUUUCUGCUAGAAGUAUUGUUUUGUUUUACAUUUUUUAUAUGAAUAACCUUUCCCAUAAUACUUCUUUUCAGGCCUUGCCAGAUGUCUUUAACUAUAUUGCGUGGGUAGGUGGCAGCACUAAUAAGGUUUUCUAAUGAACUUCAUUUAAACAUCUGUAUUGGCCUUGAACCUACUUAGACAAUUUAAAGGGGAACCGUCAUACCCUGGGAGUUUUAGUGUUAUGUUUACUUAUUGCCUAUAUUUAACAAAAAUGUAUGUUGUGGUUUAAAAAAUAAAACUGACAGUAGAAAUACAUACCACAAUAUUUACUUCUGUCCUGGAAUUGAGUGCCUCCAUCUUUGCUCCCUGUUGGUCUUUGUUAAAAACCCUGUCCUUUGCACCUGUCAGUCAUCACAGAUAUAUAUCCUCCAAUGUGUGCCUGGAUUGCGAUAUCAAUUGCUAAAUCUUUAAUAUACAUUAGAAAGAAACCUAAUCCUCACUUAAAAAGUUAACGUGACUGUAGGUGGUUUUCGAUAAUCCACACAGGAAAAGGAAGUCACACUUUUAUAUAAAGACCUAGGUGCUCUAGAUCUGAGAAAUGCAAACCCCAGUACGAUAUGUCA